GAGCAGCUGGCGGUCUCUGCUCUGCUCUGCUCGGCUCUCUGCUCGCAAUGGCGCUGCGGGCUGCCCACCUCCUCUCUCCGUGUGUCCUCGCAGCGGCUUUGUUAGUGCUCUGCUGCGGACCACAUCUUGUUUUAAGUUGUCCGAGUCGCUGUUUAUGUUUCCGAACCACUGUGAGAUGUAUGCAUCUAAAUCUGGAAACCGUACCAGCAGUUUCUCCACAGACUACCAUCCUGUAAGUAACUUUUUUCUUCAGUCUAACGGGAACCGAGCCUGCAGGCACACUGCACGGGAAUGCAAUGAAUGCUCCAAAACCCUGUGCAGCUCUUCUCCACAUUUGAGGCCUUAAGUUGUGCUGCCAGCUAGAGUCUGAGCUCAUUUAGCAUGGAAAUAAACAAAGUUUUGCAUCUCAAAUAACGUCAUUAAGGUUGAAAUCUUCACAUUAACUUGUGGAAAUUUGAGUUCCAGUGUUAGUGCACAGGCUGUUUUGCAAUCACUCAGGAAGUUUUCACAAAGUUCUGACACCUGCUAGUGAGUUCAGCUGUUGGCUUUAGAGGUUAAUGAAAAGGGUUUUUAGGGUCACACAGCUGGUUAAGUCAGCCCCAAGCAAUGUGGAGGGUUAGACUCUUAAACGGAGUAUCCUGCAUGAGUUUGCAUGAGAGGAAUCCCAGUAAGUGUUAACAUCUCCUGCACAGUAUUGGAAACUUUUAUCACUUCAACUAAAUCACAAAGUCUGACUGUAUGCAGGAAAAAUCACCGCCCUGUCCUGCAGAUUUGCUGGGUGUGUUAGCCUGUUGUUGGUGAAAGUGAACCAAAAUCUCUGAGCAAGAUGCUUGAUAGCAUGCAUUUUAAAUUGAUCCUAACAUUUGAAAAAAAAAAAAAAAUAAUGUGUUGCAGUGGUUUCAUUCACGUGAAGGCAACUUUUGAUGUUUCAUCAAUGAUUUUAAAGUGUCCUGAUAAUGUGUCUAUUAUCAAAAGCACCAUAACCUGCUCUCAGAGGUCUGGAAAAGCACUUACCCUGUUUGGAGAGACCUGACUGCUAUACAGCACUUUGGUUUUAGGCCUAAUCCUGCCUGGUGUUGACCUUGUUGAUAUGUUUGAGAUUUCAAAAGAAAAGUUAUUAUUUACAGACAGUGAACUUGAUCAUCACAGCAUCCAGGCGUCUGAUUUGCUGUCUGAAGUUGUCUCCUUUCUUUAUCAGCUCUUUAUGUCCACGUUCAGCACCAACAAGAUUCAAUCAAAAAUGGGAUGCUCCGAUAUCUUGGUUUCCUUUUUUAUCUGUAUUUUUUCUGUUAAAACCCCCCCGAAAACUACCAUGCCAUUUAACCAUUUAAUUUAUUACUUUCUGAGUUUACACAUAGUGACUUAAAUGGGGAAAAAAUCUAAUACAGUUAUACCCAGAUGAUCAGAAACCUGGUUGUUUUAUCACCAUGUUAACAAGGUUAUAAAAACUGGUUUGUAAACACACGGGCGAAUGCAGAGGGUCUGAUUAGAAAGCAGGAUGUGUUAAUAGCAAGGUAAAGAAAUGGUUAAAUCUAGGUGUUCAUAACAACAAAGACAGUAUAUUGUUUACUUUGGUGCAUUGCCAUGUUCGUCAUACUGCUGCACAAUUAACCUGCUGCUCUGGAGCAUGUGCACUUAAGAUGGAGCUGUGGAUUAAUACAAUUUGGAGCAGCAGUCAUGACGUGCUUAUCUUCAUAUUUGUCUGGUAUUAUAAUUUGUAAAAUGUGCUGCUCUGCUGCUACUUCCCUGUUCAACUUUGGUAAUAUGCAACAAACCCCCCCCCUUCUGUAAAUGCACUCAUAGCUGCUGUUGUCAUACUAAGGUGAUAACCAGUGUUCAGUGAAGCUUAAUUUUUUCAAACUUUUUUUAGAGACUUUUUUGGCUUUUUUUAGGUGUUUUAACCUUAGAGACAAGGGGGCAGCACAUGGUUGGGGCCGGACUAGAGCCCGCAACCGCUGCAGGGACCAUGGUCCCCGUACAUGGGGCACACUAACCUGCUCGUCCAUCUGCACACCCCGUUUUUGGCCUUUAUUUUGACAGGAUAGGACAGCGGAUAGAGCAGAAACAAGGACAGUGGUGCAGUACACCCUUACUUUGAAUGACACAGAAAUAUUAUGGCGGGUCCAAGUGGCCCCAUCUUUGUGCCAGCAUCUGAGAUAGUAACAGAGGUGUUUGAAAGGAAAGACCAGAUCAGCAUUAAAUGGCAGAGCAGGCAGGGUGGAACAGCAGUGUGUGUGUGUGUGUGUGUGUGUGUGUGUGUGUGUGUGUGUGUGUGUGUGUGUGUGUGUGUGUGUGUGUGUGUGUGUGUGUGUAGUUAGGUCUGUAAUCAACCAAGAAUCUUGGUCGAAUGAAACUGAAAACCUGAUGAUUUUUUUUUUUUUUUUGAUAACUUUCUUUAUUGGAAGCAAGUUCACAGUAGCGAGAUAGUACAAUAUGGUAAGACGGACUUCCAGUCGGUCAUUUUCCCCCGUUUUUUUUUCAUCCCUCACACAUUCCCACCCCUUUCAAAGAGGACAAUAGUUCAUGUAGAAGAUAAUAAUUAAAAAUAAUUAAGUAGACAGGCUAAUGAAAUACAUAAUGUUUACACACCCUUGUAAAAGGGAAAAAAAAAAUAAUAAUAAUAAUAAUAAUGAAAUAAAAUAAGAUUAAAAAAAUGAAAAAAGUAAAUAAAAUAAACUAAAAAAAAAAAAAAAAGUAAAUAAAAUAAGGGGAAGGGGGGCUCAAUCAGGCAGAGAUGUCAAAGAUUCAGUAUGAUUCAGGAGCGGUCUCCAAGUUUUUUCAAAAUGUCCUAAGGAACCUUUGAGGGAGAAUCUGAGCUUUACAAGUUUAAUGGACAAUAACACCUCUUUCACCCACCUGUUGUGAGAUGGAGGUUGAGGGAGCUUCCAAUUAAAAAGUAUGAGUCGCCUGGCCAAUAGGGUGGUAAAGGCAAGAACAGUUUGCAUGGUUUUAGAGGCAAGAGGCUGCAAGGGGGAACCAAAAAGGGCCAAAAGAGGAUCAGGAGAAAUAAAAGUGUUAUACGCUCUGCUUAGAGUGACGAAGAUUUCAUACCAAAAAUGUGGCGAGUCUGGGGCAAGACCAGAGCAUAUUGGAAUGAAACCCUGAAAUUUUUGACCAAAAAUGGACUAAUCAGGGGAUAUUUUUCAGACUGAUGGCAAACCCUUCUGUGGUGGGGGACGAUGCAGCUCAGCGGAGUGCAGCUCGGCAGGGUGAAAAUAUACUGAUAUCAGCACAAGAAGGCAAAUAAACACAAAUAUUAUAUUCAGCAAACCACUGGACGUUGAUUUACGUGGACACUCUUCAAUCUUCCUGUCUCCAGCCGGUCUCUGGUGGAUUGGGCAAAUCCAAAAUGGUGAAAACAAGGGGGGUGUUCUGAGACAGGUUGUUACCUGUGAAACGCGUAGUGUGGAGACUGUAAAUUGACGCGGAAAAAAAUCGAGUCGGCCAAUCAGAAUUUUGGUCCACUCAGCAUGUAUCGACCAAGAAGUUGACCAGUCGACUAGGACUGUAGAGCCCUAGUGUGUGUGUGUUCUGUGUGUGUCAGUACUUUCGCCAUCAAGCAUACUUUAGUCAAUGUCUCAUGUCUCAGCAGUGCGGUAACAUAAUUGAAAAUCUCUCACUGGGACACCAAUAUUACCUGUUGUAGGAUAAGUAUGAAGACAGAUUGAUGGUGCAGCUUCAUUACGGCCCUGUUUUGGACUCUCAAUAUGAAAACGGCUUAUGAGGAUAUUACAGUGAGGAAAACAGGUAGGAGAGGGAGCCAUGUUUUAAAUCAUGCCUUUUUGAGUGUGAGUGACUUCUGCCUGCCAGAACUAUGAUGACUGUUGGUAAGAGGUUAUGUCAAAGUUGCAUUGUGAUUGGUCCAACCUGUUUCUAUUAAAAACCUCAUAUGAAGAUCUGAUUGUAUCCAAACUGCAAUAAAAAAAAUCAAGUCUUUGUCAGGCAUGUGCCAAAACAAAAAGAUUAAGGUGACUGCAGUGUGAAUUUAGUCAUAAGAGUGUGCUGUGAAGCUAUCUCUGAAGGUAUCCGUGUCUUUGGAAGUGUUUUGUUGCACAUGUUUAACACCAUGUUUGACUUUCCCUCUGAGAUAAAAGGAAGGAAAUACCUCUUUCUUGACAAGCACUUGUGAAUGUGUCCUGGUUGUCAGCAAUCACACAACUAAACCAUUUCCUUCUCAUGCAGCUUGCUGCACUUUCUCACAGCCACAAUGAAAGAACACAGAGCUCCAGAUCCAUCCCAUCUCCAAAAUAUGCAGCCAGCACCCUUUGCCUGUAAUUGGUCAGUGUGGUCUUGUUGUGCAUUUCAUUCCAUAAUGCAUGGACCUAUAAAUAGCUCCAUUCAGCCUGUAAGCAAAGGGGACAAAGGGGCAACUCAGCCAGCCUGAACCGCAGCAGCACACUCAGAAUUAGUCGCUACCAGACUAGGUCAGCUUGGAAGCGAGCCCGUGGUGCCCCCUGUCCUGUUACUCCCAGAGGAAACAUGAAAGUCCAGGCAUCAGCACAGCAAUGAAAGGCUUGUGUAGGACUCUGUAGGAUGUGUCUAAAUCUGUUCAAUGGCGAUCAGAGCGGAGCACGCUGUGGUUUCCCACACGCUUUCAUGCUGGCGAGCUUUGAAGCUGCAGCCACUUGUCGCUUUCCCCCCUCACUGGCCUGUCUUGUCAGGACUUGAAUACAGGUUCCACCCUCAUCCUGCUGUAUAAAAUGUUCAGCCCAUUGCAAGUCUGCUAUAUAGGUCAUGGAAGUUUGCUCCCUACUGACCUGAGGCUCACCGGGGCCUCGGGAGUGUUGAGGAGUGUCUUAAUGUGAAGAGGACUUUUGUCCGCAGUCUGUGGUCUCCUUUCUGUGGUUGAUCAAAUUAAGCCUCAUAACAUGGCAGCAAAGAGGACUGAAACAUGUCUUUCAACAGUUGAGAAGUAUGCAGCCUCUAAUUUAAAGCUUUAAUGUAGCAGCAAAGGUUCUUUGGGUUCAAACUGUUCUGAACAUCCUGAGAGCUUUGCAGGAUUAAGUAACCGUAGGUGAGGACUUUGUGUGAGCAGACACUUAACCUGCAGCUAUGCGCUGUAUAAGAAGGCGCUGCAUUCCACUUCCCUGGCGGUGUGCCAGCUGAAGGAAUUUAAACAAUAAUAACAAACGUGUGUGAGAUGAUCUGCCUUUGGGCAGGCCGACCAUACCUGAUGGUGAAAGGUAAAGAGCAUCUCUUGUUCCUUCAAAACACUCUUGAACAUAGACUAUUUUGACUGACACGUUCAUUAUUUCCAUUUAUUUAUGUGUGUCACAGCUCCUUUUAGCCAUAUGAUCCUACAGUCAGCUCAGUUUAAUUUGGUUGUAUACAUUAUUCAUUUAAAAAAGACUAGGAUAAGUCACAUAACCAUGGCUUUGGUAGAAGUGCAACCUAACUUCAGGAAAGUAGAGCAUGACAUGAGGGGUUGCCUAUUCUUUGUAUUCAUGCUCUCCUGAACAAUAACUAUAUCAGGCUACUUCAGUCUAAUUAUAUAUCCAUAAGAUAUAGACUCAUAUUUUUAUCAUAUUCAUCAGUUCAUGGCUGACGGAUCGACUUUUACAGUGAGCUACUGUCUGGGAGUUUUAAGUCACAGUAUCAUUAUUGAGCAUAAUUGUUUCAUCUAAUGAUAGAAAAUUAGGGAGAGAGUUUAAGCCAGCAGCAAUCUGACAUGCUGUACAUACAACUUGAAGUCCUACAAACCAGUUAGAAAAAUUUAGAGGCUAAUUCAUCUUCAUCUUCAGGUAUAAACUUGAUGACGGCUGAACACUGACAGCCUAUUUGAAGACUUAAAGUUUCCAGCCUGUCAUGAUUGUGUCUAAUGAUGGAUGAGUGGUCGGACUUAUCAUAGUUUAUAAAGACAUUUCCCUCUUUAAACUGAUGAGGUGAUCAGGAACAGUCAAGCUGAGGAGAACAGAUCAUACCAAACACUGUCCAGAUAAGGAAGGUGUUAAUCUGACAAGUUUUUAUUAUUUUUUGUAUUUAUGUUUGUCUUCAACUUCUCCAAACAUCUCUUUCUGUUUACUCUGGGCCACCAUAAGAGAGAAAAAUUAUUCGUGUAAACACAGCAUUUGUGCCACUUUAUCUACACUGACACUCUAAGAAACAUGAUUUUUUUUCAUGUUGUACUGUCCUAUAUUUGUUUUUCAGCUGUUCUCUCAAAGGACCCUUGGUCUGGGGCAUGGGGGUAGUUUACAUUUCCUCUCUGUAAUGACUCCGCUGUAUGUCUUCUCAGGGGUUUGUUGGAGUUGGAGACAUGAUUUACUUUGCAUUAGUACUGUUGUCCCAUCAUCAGAUAUAAACUGCUGAUUUUGUAGUUGGCAGUUUGAGAAAAAAAACCUGUAUAUUUUUGUGUAAGAUGACAUAUCAAAGCAUGUGAGUGUCACUAAGGAUUUUCACUUCACAGGGCAGCAGCAGCAGCAGCAGCAGCGUAAUGUUUAAUGUUUGGACACACAGGUCUGCUGUAUUUUGUUUUGUAGCUGUACUUGUCUAUGAAACACUAAUAGUGGUAUGGUAUUUUAUAACAUUGGUUUUUUAUGGUGUUGAGGGUAUCUUGGAUGUUGCACCUGCAGAAUACUGCUGCAAUAUGAACCACAAUGGCUGCAGGGCAAUAGCCAAUAACCCUCUUCAUACUGUCAAAGUGUGAUAUUUACUCCUCUGUAACCCUUUACCUCCACCUGUGCUGGAUAAGGUAGUAACAGAGGUGUGACGAGAUCACUAUAAACCAUCAUAGCAGGCAGGGUCGAACAGCACUGUGUGCGCAUACAUUUCUCAGUCCCCAAUAAGUAUAAGACAGCAUAACGGAAAGGGCACUUGCAGAGAGAAACUGUAUGACGGAGUAACAGCAGAGUACCCCAGAACUUCAAACAUGCAUCCAAAGUGUAGGAGCUUCAAGAAAAAUGUAAGGGCAAAUUAAGAAACACAACAGAAACAGUAUAGUGCUAAGAGUGUUAAAUGCAACCUCAGUCCUGCAGCUUUCACAGUGAAAACAGUGCAGUGCAUCAUUUUUUCAGCAGAACCAUUCAAAGUGUUUCAGCUGCUCUCUCUGUGAGAACUGUGAGCUGUUUUUGCUGCUUAGGCAUCCACCUUUAAGACAUCACAAGCAUCAUCACCACCUGUUAUUUCCCCAAACUUCAGACAGCCUACAAAAGAAAUCCAAUUUUAAUUUUACCCUUCAGCUCCUCCAACUUUGCUCAAGUAUGAUCUCUGCUAUGUGAUAUUGAAGUACAGUGCAAAAGAGUGAUUAAAGGCUGAUAUUAAUCAAUAAAAAAUAAAAAAUCAACAUUGAAAGGAUGAGUUAGUGAUGGACUGAUUGAAGCGGUGUCAAAUAAUGCCUGCUGGGAAGUAUGUCACUCUUAGCUGUUGUGACACUGCAUCUGCAUAAAUAAUCAAGUAUUGGUCACUUUAUAAGCAAAUGUUUUAUCGCCCAAUUGACAGUUUGCACCAGAAAGCAAGUUUUGAUUCACACAAAUGCUCCAAAAAGUUAUAAGGCCACAGCGAUUGAAUUUCAGGAGCAAUUUCAAGCCCUGACCAAGAGCUGCUACCUGAGACUCCUUCUAAUUCAGCACAUGGUUGGUUCAGCACGAAGCGGACCUGGAGCAACUCCCCUAUUCCUUUAGUCUACCAAAACAUGAUAGAAUGUCUACUACGGAAAAGCAUAUUGACCAUGUUUGAUAUUGAUAUUGGGGGAAAUUAUUUUUCGAUAUAUAUCGUUAUCAUUUUAUCGCCCAGCCUUAGUCAUACUUUCAUGUCACACAAACAGAGUAAUUUCUAGAUGCAGCUGCAGAUAAGCAAAUUCCCAUUAGGGAGAUAAAAUUGCUGUUUUUUUCUCACUUGCUGUAAGUCUGCUAAAGUUACUGGUUAUAAACAAUGACCUUGCCUUCAAAGAAAGUUUGUUUCUGUUGUGAUCCUUCUGUGAUUCCCUUAAACAAUAUUAAUGACAAGAAAAGCACUGUUAGAGGAUUGAUAAAAAUCAGGGUCAUUUUUCCAGAAGGAUUUCUUCACAGCCAUCACAGCAUGUGUGUCAGCUACAGGCUCAUGCAGUCGACUGGAGCAGUUACAAAACAUUUAAACCUGUUAGCCAUUUAAGCUCCAAGACAAGAAAAAAAAUGGGCUCUGUUCUUAACCAAUGUCUAUAUGAACAGCCACUGAAAAUGUUGUACUUCACAGAGGAUUUCAGAAACCUGAAUCGUAACUAUUGUACAGUCUGUCGCUCCAGUAACUUGUUUUGUUGGCUGAAUUGUCAUGUUGUUUUGCAGUAAGUGUCCUGGUCAUGUGAGGCAGUGGCUAACCAACACUAAACUCUGUAUAGGGAACUACCUGGCUGUGAGCAAGCAUCUAUUGUUUUCUGUUAAAGUGUCCUCAUGUCCCCCUCACCCUCCUCACUGCCCCAAAAACAGUGUCCUGCUCUGACUGAGUGACGUUGCUGGUGAGUCAGGGAGGGAAAGUGGAGGUCUAUUGUGUGGAAUUUGCUGCAGUCAGGCUUUGUGAGGCGCUCAGUCUCUGCAGCAUUAUGGAAUGCAAAGCCAGAAAUCCCCAAAGCUUUGCUCAUUUGCACAGGGCCAUAGAGACCAAGAUAGCUGCUGAGAGGGACUGUGGCCUUCUCAUGUGGUCAUCCUUCACAGGACAGCUGCUCAACACUGGGGCAAGUUGCUUCUAUUGUAAUUCUUGUUAAUGUGACCUUAAUAAACACUUUAUUUUAAUCAUCCCAUUGGUUAUAGGAUGCAUGUUAAAGCCUGUGUUGCAAGAAUAACUGUACAGCCAAUUUGAUGGAAUGCAUUCUCUUGUCGUAGGUUAUUUUUCAAAUUUAUGCAGUUAUUUCAUUUCAAGCUUGGAGCAGGCCAGUGCAAUUUUACACAGAAAAACAAACAAAAGAUGGCAAAUUUAUAGAAACGUGUUCUGCAGCUUCACUACCCUGUGGUAUAGAUCAAACUUACCCUCUGUGAUUUGACCUCACUGAGACAGAAAACUAGUGACCACCAGUACACUAGCUGCUCUGUGUUGUAAAAUACUUUAAACCUGUACUGUGCAUGUUCAGAUUGAAAUGAUAAAAGAUCUGAAGUUUUAUCCAGCAAGGAGAGUUGUCUCAAACUGUGUCUUUGCUCUCACAUUAUUAUCCCAUGGAGUAGAUGUAUGGCUCUCUGUAACAACCACUUCCUCCACUAAUAAUUAAUGGGCUUCCUCAUAAUAUCUAUGAAAAACAUUCCUAACCACAGACUGUGUACAUACUAUCCAUCUCAUUUUGACAUUUUGCUCUUCUGAUGGAUUCCUGAGAAUACCUCCAUGCUAAGCAGCAAAAUGAGCCCUCUGACUCUGUGCCCAUUAUGAUUCAACAUCCAGCAUAGCCCCUAUAAUUCUCCACCUUUAAAGGGAUAUUGUGGUGUAAAUUUAGGUUAUGGUCGAACACAACAUAACACAAAGUUGGACACCCCCUCUCAAGAGAUGAAUGUUGCCGACAACUUGGAUGCUAGUACUGUGGUAGGGAACCUAUAUGUUGAUUAAUUUAGGUGCUGUUCUGAGCAUAUUUUGUGACUACAGAGUGGCUUUUUGGUUGAGGUUUGCACAUAGAGACGUAGACCGCUGUGUAUUGCUAUCGUGCGAUCGUUACUAAAGUCGGUAAAACUAGAGAAGCAAGCGGUCAGCAACAUUUUAUCUCUCGAGGUGGUGUCUAACUCUGUGUUAUGGUGUGUUUGACUGUAACUUAAAUUUAAGCAAGAAUAGCCCUUUCAUGAACCCCACACAAAGAUCAUUCUGUGGAUUUACUAACUGUUUCAUGUUGUAGAAACACAUGGAAACUCCAUCUCCUGGAUGGAAGUCCUGCAUGUUUCAUAUACAAACCAUUCACAAAUCUGAUUGUUACUCUGACUUUUACAGCCUUUGCUACAUCAUUCAGAAAAUGUAUCCUGCAUGUCUAGCUUUUGCACAGAUGACUGCAGAAUUCAAGUUAGUUAGAAGCCUUGUGUGCCUCAUUCAGACACUAAUGGGUACCUUGUGGACUUGUAUAGGACGCCAAGGGCCAUGUGGAAGUGAUGGUAAUGGAUGAUUUAAGAAUGACAAUGUAAUUCAUUUUAAUUUGCGAUAAGCAGGCAUUGCUGUCUACAAAGAGAUCUGCUGUAAUUAUAAUAUAUGACUAGAGCCCCCUUGAUAGUUGUUGUCCUGUGCAAGUAGUACACACACAAUACUCUGAGAUAGAUGUAAACAGCAGAAACUCAGCAUUAAUGAAGAGUAGUACAAUAAAACCAUUGUAUAUCUUUGGACACUUUGGUCCUUAAAAAGUUAAAACUAUCAAAGCAAAGUCCAAGUAUUGAAAUGUUUUUAGCUUUAAAACAUUUCCUAUCAGCUAGUGUGUGUGGCCUUUUCUCUGUUAAGCUGGUAUGUUUUAUUUUGGGACAUUUCAAGUCAAAGGUCAUCAUCACUUCCGGUCAUUGUUACUCAACUACUGUAUGAACCUCUUCAGGGUAUCCUAGGACAGCUUUCUUUUCGAGUAAGACUUCUCUUUACUCCCAAGCAUUAUACAUUUUUAUAAGUGUCCCUGCUGUAUACAGGGCUUUCUUGUUUUGAAUGCAGUCCAUUCCUUCAGUUCACCAGCACUCCCUCAACGAGAAUCAGAUCCUUGUCAUUUUCCACAGGAUGUGUAUAACAAAGAACCAUUGCAGCCAUGUUUGAAGGGACUGACUUACUGUUCCUCCAACCAAGUGAGAGCCUGGUUCUUGUUUAACUGAGAAUGAGUCACCCGUGUGUCCGGGAGUCCUCAGCAAACUCACGUGGGCAUGUGUCACAGAGCCAAACGACUCCCCUGCCCUGCUGAGAGGGGGAGAGAUCUGCAGCACAGGUCCACACAUGGCACUCAGAUGCUGGUUGGUCUGGGAAGCAGCCAGGUUAGCUCAUCCUCCUGGAUCAGACAAGAAUGUACAGGAUUGACUUCGAAAAACUCUUUUUUGCACUUUUAGUCUGCGUCAUAUAUAGACAAAACUGCUCAGACUAGUCAGGACUAUAGACUGCAGCUGUUGGCAGUGACGUCAGUUCAGCAGUAUGGUUGUGUACAAAAUGACAAAGAGACCCCUGGGGCCUGUCCUAUAAAUCAGGAUUUUCAGAUAGUGAGGUAACAUCCGGGUUGAUUAUAGGUUUUGCAUUCUACAAAAAUAUUCUCACCAUAUUGUGGUAGGUUACUAAGGUAAUUUAUGAGACUGAUUAGAAGAAAACAUGUCCAAAUAACCAAUCAGUUCUCUCGAUCUUGGAGCUUUCCCCCCUUCUGAUUGUUUUAUUAGCUUCAUCAGUGUAUUUAUGGCUAUAGCUGGGCUGUCUGACAUUGUUUCAUCUUAAUUUGAAUAAUUGAUAAGAAGAGAAACAGAUGACGAUUGCUAAUCACUGAGGUGAAUUCAUGUGAGGGCAGUCCCCUCUGAGGUGCUGGGAUGUGAGAGUCUGGUAUGUUUUCUGUUUGGGAGCGGAAGAACUCUGUCCCUAAAUCACCUCAUUGCACUCACUGGACCUCCAUUUCUCUCUCACACUGUGUGCCAUAAAGACUGCAGGGAGAUUGUCGGCAUUGUCAAGCCUAAAUAGGUCAGUGUAAUUAUCUUUUGAGAAAUAGAAGGCUGAGGUUUAGUGCCAGAUAGCUAAUGUACAAACAAAAGAGCCUGUUGGUCGAAACAUGCAGUCAGAAUGUCUUUUCUUUUUCACCGGUCAACUUCUCUGUUAGCUGGCUUUUUCCUAUCAGUGUGACACAUGAGGUUAUCAGCCUACCAUCCUGUGUGGGUCAAUGACAAAUGUCUUUUUUCACAAAAAGAAAUCAAAUGAUCUUUUGUUCUUUUCUCAUUGUAUUAAUGCUAUUGUUGUCAAAUUCCCAUGGCUGCUUCAUUACUGACAAAGGAGGCUGCUCACUUUGAGGCUUUUUGUUUAGACAGAAUCCAGAAUAGUCUGUCAGCUCCUCUGCUGGCUUAAAAGCCCUGCUGCUUUAUUGUUCCCUCUGGAUCAGCGCCAUCUAAACACAUUAAUAGAUGUUAACAAACUCCUAAAUAAGUGCAGAGACAAAUAUCACACAUAUAGUGCAGUGUUUCUCUGUUGUACUUUCCCAGCUGGCACUAUUUGCUAAAUGAACAACUAGCUAAAGAAUGUGUCACAGACGCCCUGUUUACCAAAUAUCCCCCAUACUUCUUCCUGCGUUUCUUCUCUUAGACUGUAGAGUGACUAAUUUUCCUCCACUGUUUUCUUUGCUUAUCGUCAGUAAACCAUCACAAAGAACCCAUCCAGACAAUCUGGCAAAUAAGGUUAUUAUUUCCUUUUAAAUCUACUGAAAUUAUUGUGCUUGCAAGGAGACAAACACAUUGGAUCAAAACAGAAUCCAGAACCCAUCAGUGAUCAUCUGACAACAAUUUAGCUUUUUAUUGGUCUGUGUAAACACGUAUCUGUUUAUGGAUGUAGAUGACAGCUUUAAAAUCUAAAACAUGCCAAUAAAAAGCACAACACAUGUCACAGUUAUAUCUUUACAGCCGGUGUCAGAAUAUUUAGUUUAAAUGUGUAUAAAUUACACUAUUUUGUCUAAAACUAAAACACAAAUUAUCAUAAACUACCUUCAUUUUGGAGAUAUUGGAUCCAGGCAGUGUGACAAAAUAUACUGGUUUUGUUUUUGGUAAUCAAAAGCACCUGGAUCUACCUAGGAAGCUGUAGGUCUCACUAACCAAGUAGAUUUUACAGUGAGUUGACAAGGACUAUUGCAUUUUUUGGAGCUGAUCCUGUAAGAGUAUCAGUAUUUAGUUGUGUACCACAGUGUAUUGGAACGUCUUUUGUUUGCCAUGAUCACCCCAAUGGUUUUUGACCACACUGACUACCGUUCAGGAUGCGUCAUGCCAUUGUGUUGCAAGGCCAGUGGAAGUAGGCACUGAUAAGGGAACCAUUAACCAUGAAUCCAGAUGAUGUCAAUGGCUCAAACAAGAGAGAAGUGGGUCUGAUAUGGAAUAGGUUGGUGAUUCCCGUUCCUGUUGACAAAUGCCACAGCUUACAAUCAUUGCACUUAAGGGUGGCUGUGGCCCAUCAAUAGAGUCAGCUGUCUCAGCCAGAAGGUUUGUGGUACAGGUCCAGUUCCUGCAGUGUCAUAUGAAGUAGGGCUGCACGACUAAUCGAUUUUAAAUGGUAAUCGGAUGAUUUGAUAAUGACAAUGUUCGAAAAAUUAAAAUCGUCAAAUUGAUUUUCCUCUCCAUCAUGUCUCAUGCCUCCAGGCCACUGUAGGCUCCCCCUUCCUGCGAGAGCGCUCCCCAGUUCCCACACACACCAGUGUAAACCAACAUGGGGUUUGCGAAAGAAGGCGAUAAUUUUGUGGCUAAAUAGGGCAAGAGCAAGUCAGUCGUGUGGAAUUGGUACGGCUUCGCAGCUUCAGACGAAGAGCAAUCCACUUCCUGUUGCAAAGUCUGUCUGAAGGCGGAAUCAACCCGUCCACACGGAAAUGAAUUCAGGAGUAAAUGCAAAUGUUUUCUGUCGUAUCAGUGUUUUCAUCCUUACGGAAACAGAAUUUCGGGUGACUAUAAGCAAUACUUUUUGAAAAUGGGUUAGAGAGUGCAUAAAUCCGUAAAUGACUACCAUUUCAUCUCCAUGUGGAUGUCUAUCUGCAUCUCUUGAAAUUAUCAUGUGACACACAGGGUAACUUUUUUAUGCGGCUGUGUGCGUCUGGCCAGAACAACCUUUUAACGCAUGCUCUGUACUCUUCUUCUGUCUUUUGUGCAUUUCCUUGGCAGCAUUACAGUGCCACUUACUGGCUUGGCAUUUGCACUACAUCGUUUUCAGUGGUUUUGUUUUGACAGAUGAUAGAAAAUCUUAUCAUUCAAGUGAAGUUUGGUGAAGUCGUCACUGAAUAAAAAAUCUAAAUUGAAAAUCGAGUUUUCAGAGAAAAAAAUCAGGAUUCCAUUUUUGGCCAAAACCGUGCAGCCCUAAUAUGAAUUGUCCUUAAGCAAGACAGUGUACCCCACAUAAAAUAUCAGCAAACGAGACAUGCAAAAGUGCUUUGAUUGCUUAUGCUGUCUCACUGCUAUACACUCCCUCUAUGUUGUAUAUUUCAAAAUCAGCUCCAUGGCUCUGAGCUGGAGAUGAAUUGUUCCCAGUCUAGAUGUGUUUUUGAUCAAACCAGUGUUGAUGGGUCGGUGUGGGUGGCAGGAGCCAGGUUUUGGCACUUUCACUCGCACACAUGGCUUUAUUAACAAACCCACAGACAAAGCCAUCACUUGGAUAAACAUUAAGUACAGCUCAGAGGUUCAGUACUGCCCUUUUUCAGACCCACUCACUGAAAGCUUGAGAAGGUUUUAGUGAGGAGGAUACUUCAGUAAUGAUGUCACCAGCCCCAGCACCUCAGGAAACUCGGGUCGGCUGAGUCUCUCCUUAUUGCCUAUCAACAACUAAUGUUUUAAACACACACUGCUGACACAAACAGUCCUCUGCUUGACCUUAUUUAGCCCUCUUUUCAAAGAAACACACCGUCAAAACCAUACAGCACACUGGACUUAAAAAUGAUGCCAAUGAGGGAGUACUAAAAACUGCUGUUCCUCAGGUGUCCACUUGCAGCUGGCUCUGGAAACAAUACAAAUUCUUUUGCACAAAACAACCACUCUCUCCUCUGUCUCUGUCCUCGAAAUGGUGCACAUUGUGCAGCCAUUCUUAAAAACAAAAUGCAUUUAUCACUAGUUUGUUUGCUCUGUACUAUGUGGCUUUAAAGAUAACCACCUCGUAUUAGGGGAUCUGCUAUGUAAAAGGCUCAUUCUCAGUAACAUUGAACUCUUUUCUAUUCAGGUGAUAACACACUAAUUCAAACAUAGCUAUAAAAAUUAUACUCUAAAUCUAAUAGGUAUGCUCUGCUAAAUGAUACUAAUUUACUUGACAAACUUCUGUCUGCAGAAAUGACAACCACUGCUUUCAUGUUUGCACCUGAGAUAGGUGCUGCCUGAACCAGCACGUAGGCUGUGAGAUGUGGUGCCCUCCCCCUUCUCCUCCUCCUCCUCUUCUUCAUCCUUCAGUGCUUCAGGCAGUUGGUAGGACAGCCCCCCCCUCCUCAGCAUGUCAGGGCAGUCCACUCUGCACCCUGAGCUCACUGCCUGCGGAGAAGUGUUUUUCUAAGGGUGUUGUACCUCCUCACCUAGCAAUGAUCCCUCAUCUUUCCAAGGAAGACUCUUAUACAGCUCUUCUUUAAAAUGCGUCUCUGACAGCUUUUUUUUGGAACUCCAAAUGCCAAGCACUCACCCUUCCACUACAAGAAGUUCAAUAGCUCUGAAGGUGAUUGAUUUGCAAAGUCUCACCUUAAUCUUGAAGUUUUAUCUUGCCAUUAAGAACUUCUUGAAGUUUCUCACACUCGGACGGUGUUCCUAGAAACAACAGUAUCCCUGCAGCUGAGGGACGUUCCACACUAACCAUGUCAGUUACAUAAAAGCUCUGGGAGUGAAUUCUUGCUGCAGCUCACAGCCUAUAUGAAAGGAAGUGAGCAUAUGAAAAAGCUGGACUCACUCUGAUUGGAUCCAUAUGUGAAGGCUUUUACAGAGCGAGUGACCCAUAAACAUUUCAGAGCCUAUGAAAUCAGUUGAUUCUGUUAUUCGACCUACAUUUUCACAGAGCAAAGAGUUCGCAAUGCAUAGCUUCACCUUGCUUUGCUUGUUGUGCGUGAAUGGGAAAUAAUAAAACUAACAUUUGACUAAUGAAUUGACACAGACCUUGAAAUUUAACCUGUGAACUUGGUAUUAGCUCUUUAGCAUGACAGGUUGUUAAGUCGUCUUUUCAUAGAAAACAGGCAAAAGGUGAAACUGGUUUUCUUUCCUCUAAACCGGAAAAAGAUCCAAAGCCUCUCAUCACCCUGGCAUUUUGACAAUAUGUGCCUGUGUGACCCAGUCUCAGAGUAUUUACUCUGUAAGGUCAUCGGCUAACAAGAAUGUUGGUUGACAGUCCAAGUUGUUUCUGUGGGAGUUGAGCUUUCUCAAGGAUAGAGGUUGAUGUAUUUCUCUCUCGUCUUCAGUUGUUGCAGUUGGUGAUAAAUCUCUUUUAUGGUUCCAGUGCAAUUUUCUCCUGAGCUCUUUGGCCUAAAAAUUUUUUAAAGAUGUGUUUCUCUCAUGAUGCCAUUCAGGGUCAAACUGCACUAAUAUUUGUUGUUGUAUAAAGGAUGAGCGUUUCAAAUCAAAACACAAUUUAGUAGGCACUGGAAUCUACUCACUAACCACUUGAUUCACUCUUGCACCGUUGCAUUCAAUCACAAGCUGGAAACGACUGAAAAUACACUUAUGAUAUAUAUUUUGAUAUGCGUAAGUAAGAAGUACUGUAAAGUCAACGAGUAAUUAUUUGAAAUAGAAUGUUAACAAGUCAAGACCUCCAGCAGCCGCUUGUUUAUGGGGGAGCCCUGACGAGUCAAUCACCGAGUGCAGCGGCUCAUUUCCUUGAAGUAAUAAUCAUCAUAAUAACCAUUUUGCACUGUAGAUGUGGUAGUUCUUCUGCCUUAGUGUCUGAUUGCAUUUCCAUAAAGUGAUGAUCAUAAAUGUUCUUCCUUGAGCUGCAAAACUCAGCUGCACUCGGGGAUCGACUCGUCAAGACUCCCGCACAAACAAGUGGCUGCUGGAAGAGAGUUGGGUAAGUUGUGUUUAGUCUCUUUGCUAAAGAAACCAGGCAAAGCUAAAAAGAUGUUCGAUGGCUAGUGCUAUAGCUGGGACCCUAUAUGUACUGUUGAUGAAGUUAGGUGCUGUUCUGAGCAUUAUUUGUGGCUAUAGAGUGGCUUUUUGGUUGAGGUUUGUGCAUGGAGAUGUAGACCGCUGUGUAUUGCUCUUGUGCGGUCAUUACUAAAGUUGGUAUAACUAGAGAAGCAAGCAGUCGGCAACGUUCAUCUCUUCAGGGCGUCUAUAACUUUGAGUUACGGUGUGUUUGACCAUAACUUAAUGUUACACUGGAAUAUCCCUUUAAAUCAGGUAGCAGUCCUUGUCUUUUCUAAAUUUGAUGAAAGUUUGCAAGAGCUUCCAGAUGCACUACACUCUAGGCAUGUCCAAGUUUGUACUAAGUUGUCUUAAGAUAACAAAGGAGAGGAAAACAAUCAUACUGAGCACAGCUUCUUUGACAUGGCUGCACACAGGAUCACAGACUCUUUGCAUAAACAAUAUCAAUUAGGCUAACAUUGGCAGAGAUAGCACCACCAGCGUUCAGGCUUUCUUGCAGGUAACCAUUGACUGUCAGUUCAACAUUAGGUCCAUCUAUUUCUGCUGUGUAUCAGGUUGUUCAAGUUAGCAGCAGCUCUGCUCACAGCCCCCAAAGCUCAACUUAAGUGUGGUGUUUGGCUGGUAAAGGCUUCUCGACAUUCUGAGUUUGCUGAAAAGAACUGGAGAAAACAGAUCUUCAGUGUAAAUCUGUAAUAUCCAGAGUCACUGAUUUUUUUUAAAGAGGAAGAGACCUCUGAAGAGGAUGCAGCCUCUGGGGGGAAACCUUGUGAACAUCAUUGUGAGCCUCCCCUGCUCUUGCUCAUGUACUGCCUCAUGGGUGAUGACAAACCUUAAAAACAAAAUGCAGAAAUUCAAAUGAAAAAUGAGUCAUCUUUGGGUCUUGUAGGGGGCAGCCCCACUCUUUGGCUUUGUGUAAAUACUUCUUAUAUGAACAGCUGGUUCCUCUCACUGAAUUUAUCUUAUAAAAGUACAUUAAGUUGAUGGCUGAGCUGAAGGUCAGAUGACUUUGAGUCUAAGUUUCAAAGACAUGAUAUCUCUAUUUGGAUGAAACGUUCUCAUUACAGAUCAUCCUGUAGCUGGUAAUGCCACAGAGCAUUAAGAAUGACUUCAACUUUUCAAAGCUAAAUGCAUUACAGGAGUCUUCAGCUUGUCAUUUUUAUAGCACAGAAAGUCAUUUCGUCCAAGACCAAGAGUGAUUAGUGUCACAUUGAUCUUCAUUGUUAUGUUAAUACAGCCUCUUUGAAUUAGGACGUUAAAACAGAAAAGGAGUGAACCCUGCUGACUGCUAUGAUUAGCCCUGUGACUGUUAUCUUUGGGGCAAAUGUUAUAUAAAUGGGCCCUCAUGAUAUAGGCUUGACAGGGACAUUCCUGCGAGAUGAGUAAUGAGGCCAAUGAUGCCUCAGAAUUAAAAACCCUGAGGCUUUGCCGAAAAGCUGAGUUAUUUUCUGUAUACCUUUAAAGUCAGUUAUUAUAUUUGAAUUAAUGUUUGCAUGUGUUUUCUCUUUUGUUUUACAGAGAUCUGAGGUUUAACAAAAUCAAGGAUUUACAACCGGGAUCCUUCAGACGAUUAAAGAACCUCAACACCCUGUAAGUCUUCACACGACACUCUUCUCAGUCUGCAAAUAUGUAACUUAAAUUUUACAGAAGUAUCAGUGUUUUUUGCUGAGCCUUUUUCAGGGAUGAUCUUAUAUUUUUAGUCAAGACAAUGCCAACAACAUUCUGCAAGAGUCAGACAUUAAACAGGCCUGUCUGCAGUCCUGACUUGUGAGCCAUUGAGAAAUUUGGCACAUAAAAAAUAUGUCAAAGCAGACCCUGAAAUGUUGAGUGGGUGAAAUCUUUUACUAGGCAAGAAUGGGACAACAUUUCACUUUCCAAACCCCAGAGAUGUGUCUCCUCUGUUACCCAACGUUAACAGAGAUUUGUUAAAAGAAGAUGUAAUACAACACAAUGGUUACCAUGGACCUGUUUUUCAUCAAACAAUACAAAAAAAAAUCUUUUUCUACAUUUAAUUUAAUUCAUUUAUAUUUUACACGCUUCAGUAUUUUUAAGAAUGAAGGUUGGAUUAAGUUUGGGGAUACCAUGUUGGAAUAAUAUUUAAAUUGUUAAGAAAUUCAGUAUAUUUAGAAGAGUGCUAUCAAAAAUCAAUCAAGCCUGUUUCUUUUGGGAAGUACUCUUCUUAAUAAAUGUCACUUCCAGACCAAGUCUUGUAUAUUGCACACAUGCACACAUGCACGUACACACAAGUCCAUGCACACAUUCUUGCUCUCUUCUGCAGUGGUUUCACACAUGUAGGUCAGCUCGUAAUCUGUGAGGAAUUUAUUUUUCCACUUCCACCCACAGGACUAUUUAUCAUAUGUCCAGCCUUUGAGACAGUCGUGCGUAGCUAAGCUAAUAAAAGCCAAGUGUUCCAAGUAUCAUUCUUUUAUUGGCAACAAAUUAGUACAGCAACUCUCUUACAAUUUAGAGGAAAUGUGCUCCAGCUUAUGUAAACCAUAUCCUUAUCUUUACAUGCCACAUUUCAGACUGCCUAGUUGGCUGCUUGGAUAAAUCAAACACUUCACCUCAUUCACAUAUUUGCAAACAUUAUUGAGAUGCUUUCCCAGCCAUGACUGCUGUGGAGUGAGGGAGACAUUUACAAAGUAAUCACACUUCACUUAAGUGUAUCCAUCCAGUUCUAUACCCAUAAUAGUCAAUAAUAAUGAGAAAUGAUGCAUGCCAUUGACAAUGUGGAUUUAGUUUCAAAGUGAAGAAAAGACCCUGAAGGCAGUAGAAAAGCCCAGCCGGUCAGCCAUGUGGAGAGCUGAGAGCUUUACAUCCUGAAUCGUCUGUCAUGGUUUCAAGCUGCGGUUCCACAGACUGAACAAUAACAUAUCCGAAAGUCUACCAGUUUUUGAACGACAGAAGCAUUUCCACUUCACUGCUGUACAGACAGGAAUGUGAAAUUAAUCUUUGGCAGUGUGUCGUCCUCUUUAUAGAUUUAAAAUGUACUGAUUUGAAAGGGAGAAUACGGAAACUGAAAAGAGGACCUUACAGCAACCAAUCAAGGGAAGCAAAUAAAUCCAGAGUAAGUCCACAAAAGUGUUUUUUCUUUUUCUGCAACUGAUAGUAACAGGUUACUGACACUACUUUAGGUAUGCCAGGCCUAAAAAAAUAACUUUUUAUUGAGUAAAACUUGUGCUCUCAGCUUUAAAAAUUUAGGAGCACUCACUUGGCAUGUGGAGACAAACAACCCUGCACACUCUGGAAGUCUGAGUACAAAGGAAACCCACACAUGCAUGAGGGGAGCGUGCAAACUUCGCACCAAGAGGUUACUCCCCUGCCCGGGAUUUGAAUCAGGAACCUUGUGCUGCUAACUACUGUACCACUGUGCAGUUGUUGAUUGACUUGUAUUUUUAGGUUACCGGGGUAACCGUCUUAGCAGGAAUUCAACUGUGAAACUUCUUACAACAAUCAACAUUGACCUUAAAAAUAGUUUUUGGGAAAUACCAGAGGUCAAGGGUCAAGCACUGCAAUCAACUGUAAAAUGAAUCACAUUACAUCAUUUUUUUCACUUUCAUUUUACAAACUGCACCAAAAUCUACCAAGACAAAACAGACUUCUCAGCUCAUAUUAAUAAAUCCCAUGUUUCUCUUCUUUACAGCCUCCUUAACAACAACCAUAUACGAAGGAUCCCUAGGGGGGCUUUUGAAGACCUGGAAAACCUCAAAUAUCUGUAAGUUAGUUAACUGCUGUCAGUUUUGUUUUGCUUUUCAGGUAAUGAAAUUGAUCUUUAGAGACGUGUUUUUAGGCCUUGUGGACAAGGAGUUUACACUUUGUCCGCUCAAUUGGAGAAAAAGUAUGGUUGAAAACAUGCCACACACUCACUUGCAUCAGAAAAGAACAAAGCCUAUUGACUGGAAGAGUUAAAAACAGCUGAUUUUUGUAGACUGCUCUGUCAGCAAAAGCAGCAAUGAAAAGUCUCUGUGUGUCUGAUCCUCUGUACUUAUGUGUCUGGGAGUCCUGACCUGGAGGCAGAGUGGAGGACAGAUUUUUCAGCCCUGUGUAGCCUCGAGGUUUCUGGGGGACUGGUAGUUUGCUUUGUUAGUCACUUUACAUUAUCAUCCCACUGACCUCAGCUGUAAUAAGAAACACCGCUCGUUCUCAUAGUCGGGUGCGAUGUUCCUGUGUGCACAUUACUCAGAGCUUGACACACAUCUUUUAUCAAAUUAAAAGAACCCCUGGAGGUCAUGCUGAGUUACACAGCAGUGAUAUCACCAGUGUGCCCUGGUUGUGUGCCGAUAUUCACUCUAUUACAUCUGCAAGCUUGUAAUGUAUAAACGUCUAAAUUCUGUACUGCAAUGGCCCCAUUGGAUGCAUAGACCAAAAAUAUGUGCAUGCCAAAAGUUUAUCUUUCAUAGUCACUAAGAUCGGAUUACUUCAAGGCAAUGGCAGCAAUCUUUGACACCAUCUUGUUUUUUUAAAUUUAAUGUUAUAAUCCUCAUGAAAAUAACAGAUAAUGGAAAUAAUAUUUUCAUGCAACCAUAUGCACGUAACAACAAUCGGUGUUACAAAUUUCUCACUCUCCCAAUUCCGUACAAGUAUCUAUAUGCUGUAUCUCAAGAAUCGUAAUGGAUACAGAGAUGUACUAGUUACCAAAAUGUCCGCAAUACCCAACUUUAUAUUCAACUUCAAUAUAUGUAUGGGGCUUAAAAUCAAGUCAUUUUGAGUUAUAAAGGAAAAACCACAUUUUUGGGGCGGACAUCUUGGAUUUUGGGGCCGCCAUCUUGGAAUUUUGCGUGGCUAAUGUUAUUUUUGAAAAGAGUGGGAUUUGAAGAGUAUAUGUACCAAAUUUCAUGCUUGCUUAAUUAAGUGAACGAUUAUUUCCUUAUCUGCUCAGCUAAGAGAUAUGGGGCUGGGGGAGAAUUAGCAUCACUGUUUAGGGCUGCAUCAAACUUUAGAUUUUGUCAGUUGAAUCAGAUAUGGCUUUCCUGUAAGAAUCGUCAACUGAUUUUCUGCUAUACCAAUAGCUUUAUCAGCCUGUGUAAACACGUGUUAAUUCAUUUCUUCUGUAAACAUCAUCAAAUAUAUCUCCAGAUAAUGGUGAUUUGAGUAGUAAUGGACCAUUUAAGGGAAGAGGGAGCUGAGAACCAAGGCAAAGCGUUCAAUAUCAGUCACCUACGUUCAUAAGCUUGGGGAAUGAGCUACUCUGAAAGGUGUCAGGGCACAGUCUUAAGAUAAGGUGAGCAGCUCGGACACCCAGAGGAAGCUCAGGAUAGAUCUACUACUCCCUCCUUAUGUUGAUAGGAACGCACUGAGGAGGUUCAAGCAUCUGAUAAAGACGCCUCCAGGAUGUCUCUCUUGGGAGGUUUUUCAGGCACAUUUAUCUGACCCUGAAAAAGACUCUGAAUAGGCUGGAGACCUUACAUAUCCUACUUUGCCUGGGAAUGCCCAGGGAGGAGCUGAGAAUUAAUGCUUACUCAGCCUACUGAGUGGCCCUGGAUCAGUGGAAGAAAGGGGUGGGAAGGUUGGAUGGAAAUUCUCAUGUGUUUCAGCUCAAACUAAUUCUGAAUUAUUUCAAGAUUUUACACCGUGAGCUCAUUUAUUAACUACUGGGUUAGAAAACCAUCUUCAUGUGAUUGUUAAACAGACUUACAUCAAUAAGGAUGGAUUACUUUGGGCUUUAAAAUGCCAUGCAUUCAAAUCUGAAAGUCCAACACAUGGAGUGAAUAAAAAAAAACAACUGCAUAUCAGCAUGUAGUUUUUAGCCUUCACAGUGGACAGUACACACCUUCAGCCAACAUUUUUCUUACAACCACUCUUACACAACUGUUGCACAAAAAGUGAGUUGAUUUAGGCCCUCUGGCCUGAUUGUGUUUUAACAUUACAAAACUGUCCAGUGAACAUCUUGGAUGAGCACUAGACCUUUGACACAUGGUUGCAUAUCAAACCCACUCAACAGGGAGAGGUUGGGGGUGUUAGAGAGGGUUUAAAGGCUCUCCUCUCCUCUCCCUUUUCCAUUUAACGGCCCACAAACACAAAGUUCCUGUCAUGUUUCCAAACUCUUUAUGUUGUAAUGAAAUUCUGAAGCUAUUUGGUUACAGUUUGUUUAAUUACAGACCCCCAUGUAAGCAGAGCUGAUCUAAAGACUUAAAUUACCUUUGUGAUUAGUUUGAAGUGUCCUCCCAUCUCUCUGUCUUUCUCUUGAACCUGUGUCCUAUCGCCUGGGGGCUAGAUUGUAUCGCCCAUCUCACCUCUUCACUUCCUCUGGAUCCCAGGAAAGUCCACUCCCCGUUAUCUUUCAUGUCCUCCAAACCUAAUGGCCAAGCGGCUGUCUAUACAACGACCCCCUCUUUCCCCCAACCACCUCCAUAAACAAGUCAAAGAGAGGUCACCGCGCCUCUUUGUGGGAACCCUUCACUGUUUAUUUUAGCCUUCAUUCAGUUGCAUUACAUCCUUCUGUAAUAGUCUGCUGUCGGGUUUAUUUUAGGAAUGCAGGCCUUUGGUUGGUUUCUGCUUACGCGUGACGGCACAUUAAAGGAGAAUCCUGGGUCGUGUUUUUGCAUAUUUCAGAUCUAAAUGAUGAGUUAGUACAAAGUUUGGGAAAAUGUUCCAGGGUUGCUUCAGUCAGCAGCCGCAAAAUGGGCUGUAAUGGCUGCUGUGUAAUCCUUGGGGGUAAAUGCCCCAGAUCAAAGCUCGACACUGUAGAGGCAUGUUUUGGCCACAGACAGGCCCAUACUGCUACUCUAAGUGCUUGACAUCUAAAGGGGAAAAAUACUAGACAAAAAGAUUCUUAAGAUGAGUAAGAUGCUUUUUACUCUAAUCAGAGCCGGUCUUAGACACAAAUUACAAAUCCCCAGACUCCACAGAGGAAACCUUCAAUUCUACCUCACAGCACUUGUUUAAAUCACUGGUUAGGAUCUGAAAAAAGACACAACAGACAAAAACUUAACAGCCAAGGCAGAAGAAAACCAGCAACUCUCAUUGUCUGUGAGGUAAAAUGACAGUUUUUGUGUCAGUUGGGUGGCCUUUAAGUGAUGUAUCUGACUGCUUUCUUCUCUCUUCCAUAAAGAUUAAUGUUUGGCCUUUCUUGCCCUUAGUUUGAGAGAGCAGCUUUAGAGAGACAGGGAAUAUACAGAGAGGGAGGGUAUUGACAAACACCAAAUGAUGCUGAAAUCAGGAAUCAAUCUAGGGACCAGCACAGUGGUGACCAAAGCCUCUGUACAUGGAGAGCUUGCUCUAUCAAAACCAGUGUUUUUUUUCUGUUGAAGGCAGGAUCUUACCCCAAUCAAUGAAUGAAUGAAGUCUUCUUUAGAUUUUUAACUCUUUAAUAUCAUUAUAUUGAAUUAUGAUCUGGAACUCGUAGUAUCAGAAAUGAGCAUAUGUAGUUGCCAUACUUUGAUUAAAUGCCAAUACAGCCUGUUUUACAACUGCCAGCUUAAGUCACCCCAUUCAAACUUCAUAACAAUGACUCAGCAAAAGUGAUGUUUGGAGGCAGUUUCAACAGACAUAUAAAUCCCAACUAAAUGACUGAUGUAAAUGUAGGAAAAUACACAUGAAACAGUCACAACCAUAGACUGUAUGUGCUGGACAACUUGGUUCUGCCUUCCAUCGUUAUAUGGAUUUGAAGCCAAAUUGCUCUCAGGAUUUCCGGGAUUUUCUCCACUUCCUGGAACCACCACUUGCACAGUAACAUUGUGCGCACUCGGUGGGAGAGUCGCCAAGAGUCGCUGUGAUGACGCUCUGAACAGUGUACCCCCCGGGUGAGCUACGCAAUCUUGGCACACCCAUAGGCUGUAUUAAGUGUCAAUCAUAGAAAACAUGAACCCUCUAAUAACUUUUAAAAAUGGAACUGCACAGAAAAAAGAGGACUUGAGCACAAAUUACUCUUACAGUAACUGCAUGUCAACAUCACAACCAAGUGGGAAAAAAUGUAUAUUCUGUGUAAUUAAUUUCUAAAGUUUGUUCACAGCUCCAUAGGAAUUGCUGGAGGAGGCAGGAUUUAUGGCCUAUACUGCAGCCCGUCACCAAGGGUGCUGUACUCAGGGUGGCUUCACCCAGCGAGGAGGCAGAUGGCGUCCAUUCUAUAUACAGUCUAUGGUCACAACUGAGCACAGUGUGUUUAAAUAUGAGAUCACAGGCAUACAAUGUCAAAGUAGUUUGGCUAACCUUAGCAGAGCUAGCACCUUCAGCCUUCAGUCCUAAUUGCAGGUUUAUGUCCACAUGCCUGGGGUUAGGGAUGCCGCUGUCAUCUGUGGUUUUUACACAUUAGUAGUAGAGUAUUAUGGCGUUGUAGCAGUUACAAAUAACUGGAGCUAUAGCAUCAGCUAGCAGUGGGUUGGUGCACUAUAUGUUACAAUACAAGAACUUUAUUGAUCCCCAAAGGGAAUUUCAUUUGUCUGGAGUCUCAUGUCUCAAAAAGUCCUCUAGUAUUUACUGAAGAGUUAUAAAGUCUGAUGGCUGUUGGUACUAAGGAUCUUCUGAAUCUUUCUGUCCUGCAAAAAAGAGAGAGAAACCGUCCACCACCUCUGGCCCUCUGGUCCAUCAAGGUGUUGUGAAGUGGGUGAUCCAUGUUCUUUAGAAUAGUCUCCACCUUCCUCAGUGUAGAUCUCUACACCACAUCCUCCAAUGAGUCCAACUCGAAUCCAACCACAGAGACAGCCUUUUUCACCAGUUUGCUAAGACGUCUUGCAUCUUUGUGUUUGAUGCUUCCUCCCCAGCAGACUGCAGCGUAGAACAGCACACUUGCCACCACAGACUAAUGAAACAUCUGCAGCGUCUUACUACAGAUGUCUAUUGAUCGGAGUCUUCUCAGGCAAAAGAGGCAGCUCUGCCCCUUUCUGUAGAUGAAGUCUAUAUUUUUAGACCAGUCCAACUUAUUAUCCAGGUGUACACCUAGAUAUUUAUACAAUGACACCACCUCGAUGUCCAAGCCACAGGUGUUAGGCUCUUAUCAGAUGCCUGUGUUCGGCUUCUUGUCCAUAGACACACAUGACCAACAGUUCAGGCUGGCAAUAAUAGAAAAAAAUCCAUAACUGCAUUAAAGCAUGAUCAUUAGGUCGACUAAAUGCAAAUAUCUAUCUAAGUCAAUAAGACCCAAAAUAUGCAAUAGUGUCCAGAAGAUGAUUAAAUUAGGCUGUCAUGUGUUUAAGGGGAAGUCCUUCUGGGUCCUAAAACUGUGAAGAAAGAAAACAAUUCUGCAAACUGAAGGAUUUCAAAAUCAGUGUCUGGUUAUAAACAAGCAGUUGAGUACUGUUUAAGAGCCACCAAAAGACAUCUCUUCAUAGAAAUGAAUGAUCCUCAAAUUCAAGUCUAUAACUUCUAAAUCUAGUUUCUCAUGAAAACCUCACACCAAAUGUAUAGAGACACACACAAGGCUGAGGGAAGAUUCGUAUUAAUCAAAAUCGAUCAGAGGGUUCUUUAAGUCUGACAAAUGAAGUAUGGCAACAGUUCAUCUUGUUACUCGAUUUCCUCUGGAGUAAACACAUGACGUGUGAAGAUCAAAGUUUUCACUAUCUGUUUGAAUUCUGUGUCAUUCCUCUUUGAAAGUCAGUUGAGUUCAAGUUGUGGCUUUAAGCUUAAUUUGUCUUUAUCCUAUCCCAUUACACAAGAUCAAGUUUGUUUUUGUAUAAACUCCAUCUGUGGAAAGAAACCUGAUAGCAGUGACACAGAUGUGUUACAUCACUAAGAAAGGCAUGCAGUGACAGAAGGAGGAUGUUUGUUUUUCCAUAGAAAGCCUCACUUGUGCCUUUAGGAGAGAGAUCUGUAUCUCUCAUCAUGUCUCAUCUUGAGUGUAAUGCUUCAGAGAGACAUGAGAGGACAGACGGCCGUAAGCUCUGCUUUUCUGGUGUCACAUUCCUCUAACAUAUAUGAAGAAAGGGAAACAUGCAGAUGUGAGAGUGCUAAAAUACUGGAUUGACCCUGAGCAGGCGGCCUAUGACUGUUUCAAGUUCAAAUAUGGCAGUUGCUGGAAAAAGUGGUGCAUAUGGAAAAAAGAUUUGACAUACAAGGAAUCUGAGAUGAGCUGUUUUGAGUGGGUUUUCAUGCUGACAGAUUUACCUUGGUGCACAAACCCUCUUAGAGAGGAAUCUCUGCCCGCUCUUCCUGAGGUCUUCUGGUACAUCAUCUUUGACUCUUGAAUAUGAACCUUUGCCACUGAGUGGAAGGACAUACUCACUGACCAUGAGCUCUGUUAGCCUGCGUUAUUGUUGUCCUUUUUCUCUAUUACUGCUCAUCUCUGACAAAGGUUUGAUUGUAAUUACAUACCUAGUCCCAAACCCUCCACUCACCGACUCGCUGACUUUGAAGUGCUUUCUCACUAAGUGUAUGAGUGCUUAGAGCUUGUCAAAAUGUCAAGGCUGUUAGAGCCGAAUAAUGCACUUUAUGUGGGUCUGCAUAUAUGCACACUGAGCUGUGAACUUGGUGAUGUGAGCAAAUGUUUGUGUUCGGAAGCUGUGUUCAGUUAAAUGACCACAUGCAGUUUAACGACUCUGUUGUUAUUGUCCAUGUUUGUAGAGGUUUUAUGUUUCCCUGUUAAGAAUAUCUAAAAGAUUAACAUUCAUGGUCUCUUGACAUUUGUUAGUUUGUCUAAGUAUAUUAAGAUCCUCAUUUAAGAUAUAAACAAAAUGUCAUGUGAUAUCUUAUACUGUUUGAUACAAGCAACAACCUUCAGUAAUGAAGCCAGUAAAGAGGAGCUUUAAAACUGCAGUUCCUCAAGAGUCCACUCGAGGCUGGCUGUGCAAAAGUACCAGCAGCAACAUAAACACCCAUUUAUUUUCUUUACAGGGAAAAUAAACAUGUUUGCAGCCUGAUCCAAAAGUCUAAUUUAGUCAAAAUAGUUCAUCAACUGGUGGUGAAAUUUUUUCUGUCUUAGUUUUGAAAAUUUUAAAAGUAGGAGCAUGAUUAGGAGCACAGCCAACUUGACUGAUGUCUGCAGCUGCUAGCGAGGGAGCCAAAGGCCUUAGUUCCUUCUCUUUGCCUCUUGCUUUGUAGACCUGAAAGUUAGGUUGUCAGCAUUUCCAAAACUGCAACCAUCAACACCAGACUUCAUAACUUUGCUUUCAGAAACCAGUAGGUGACCUUAUGAAGGCUGUGUUCAUGUUCGAUGCAGUCUAUGAUGUUUUCCAUCCUUCCUGUACACACUGCCCGUCCUGAUGCCAUGAAAGUCAGCGAGGGUUCGGUAAGGUGGCAUCAGGGUGGACAUUGGGAUUGGGCCGUUAACAAUGAUCUGUGAAGUAUUCCAGCACACAACGCCGUAGCCAGUGUAGUUAUGUAGGAGUUGUGUUGAUUUUUUAUAACAGUUUGGUUUCCUUGGUGAGUCUUACUCUCUGAUAAUGACUUCUUUUUAUCUCUAGGUGAUCCCUCUGUUAUCUCACUUGAGACUAGCAUUUCAAAUGAUGUUAUUUUGAUUAGGUGCAUUUACAUCCAUUUGCAUCCUAUUUUUGCUGGAAACCGUCUUUCAAACUCAAUGUUUAUUGUAUGCCUCACUUAAUAUAUUCAUAACUUAGAUUUCCACCAAAGUAAACCUACAGUACAGUUUACGGUAAAAACAAAAAAUGCAUAUGUUUGGGAAAAAAUCUGCUGACUAACUGUUUUGAAUUAAAUCAUUUUCUUUUCUCUUGUACCAAGCAGGCAGACCUCAGAUGAUCACGAGUGUGUGUGUGUGUGUGUGUUACUAAUGAAAUUGAUUAUCUCUCCUUUCAGCUAUUUGUACAAGAAUGAAAUCCAAUCAAUUGACAGACAAGCAUUUAAGGGGCUUGUCUCUCUUGAGCAACUGUAAGUGACCAACUUCCUCGUCCACUUUCUUCCCUCUGCUCGCCCUGCUGUUCCUCCUCCCCCCAUACUGUCUCUCUGUCUGUAAAAUACCCCCCACCCCCACCCCUCAAAGAUUGAUAUCAGCAAUACAUGAAGCCUGGUGAUAGCUGCAUGGUGAUCUGAAUUUAUUAGACGAGUUAGUAAUAAAAAAGGCCAUACAUGUCACAGUGUUUGACUGGCUUGGUAUGCUUUGUGACAUGACCGAGUUGGCUGUGUGCAGGUAUCAUAAUAAUAGCCCUGUUCUGUUUCCAUAACAGUGACACCCUCCCCCUCCAACCCCCUACAAAUGCCCCUCUUUCUCCCCACCACCAUGCAUGCCGUGUGUGCACCCACCCCUGUAUGCCGUGCUGACCCUCCCUGCAUGAGUCGCAUGAGUUGUGGUCCAGACAGCAGAUAUAUUGAACUACCAUGCGAACAGAAAGCAUGAUGUGUAGCUUUGAGAUGCUGGUAGUGCUAGCAGACUUGUGUCUGAGUCAAAGCCUGAUACGUUUUGACCCACACUGUGUCUAUGCUGCUCUUAUGGAAACCAACCGUCUGCUCUGAUUUGCUGUGAUCUGCUUUCAUUGUUUGUUGUGAGAAAUGUUUAAUGAUUUUGUUUAAAUCUUGAUGCUUUAGGGUCAGACACUGCAAGUUGUUGUUGGGUAUUUUAAAUAUGAUAUGCAUUAAUUAUUAUAGAUCAGAAAUUUGGGCUGUCAGUAGUUAGGUGUGAGAUAUUCAGGACCAAUAUGGCCAACCUCCCCCUUUCCUUAUAAAGGGUAAUCCUUCUGUUCUCAUGGAGGAGAGAGACCAUGUGUUACUGUACCCCUCUGUGACCACAUUAACACAGAACAAAUGUCCAAUUCACCAAAUGAAACCAGUUCUAACAUCAGGCUUCAUGCCUAACAGCUGCUUUGAAUUUUGCUACGAUAAUGAAAUAGUUUUAUGUGGGUGACCAGCUCUUUGCUGGAGCGCACACUAUAAGACUUCCCAAAUGCCAAAACCUGAAGUCACUCACAUCUACUUUUUUUAUACGACCCACCACCACCCCUUAUCUGUUGGUGGUUUAUCCUCCUGCAUGGGGUUCUCCAAGGAGCACAGGAGGUAAAAUCAGGGUUGUAGGCUCACAUUAGGGUUGGCUGAUUUGUCCCAAGAAGGAAACGACAUAGUUCCUCAGCCCGCAUCUAUGUACUUUUCUUAUAGUGCCCAUGUUAAUUAGUAUUUCAAGUGAAAGUGAAAGCAGUGCAUUGUGCCAUUGUCAUACUGCAGCAAAUGGAAUUAUUUCACCCGCUCGUCCUGAAAAACUAUGAGCUUUCAUUGUGGCUGAUGCGUCUUCAUUCACCGGGUCACCAUCACCGACUCUAAAACUGAUCAUUUCUUUAACUCUGCUCAGCUCUUCUGACUGUGCUUGAGUUGGCUCUCCGACUCAUAACAAUGAAGCGAGUUAAAGCGGUGAUUGAAGGCUGGUAUUAACCAAUUAAAACUGAGCACUGAAUUUUAGAAUGUAAAGCUGACUUUUGAUUGGUUAUGCAAUCGUCAGACUGAUGGCAGUUUAUUGGCUAACAUCAUAACACUGCACUAAUCUCGGAGCUAGGGCUGUACGAUAAAUCAAUUUUAAAUUAUAAUUGUAUUAUUUGAUUAUGACCAUGUUAAAAUUAAAAUCAUCAAAUUGAUUUUCCUCUCUAUCAUGUCUCGCACCUCCAGGCCACCGUAGGCUCCCCCUUUCUGUGGGAGUACUCCCCAGUUUUCACACACACCAGUUUAAACAAACAUGGCGUUUGUAAAAGAAGUUGAUAAUUUCGUGGCUAAAUAGGGCAACAGCAAGUCAGCCGUGGAAUUGGUAUGGCUUCACAGUUUCGAACGAAGAGCAAUCCAAUUUCCGCUGCAAAGUCUGUCUGAAGGCGGUAUCAACCCGUCCAUAUGGAAAUGAAUUCAGGAGUAAAUGCAAAAGUUUUUCUGUCGUAUCAUCCUCUCGGGAACAGCGUUUCGGGUGACUAUAAAUGAUACUUAUUGAAAAUGGGUCAGAGAGUGCAUAAUCCCAUUUAAAGACUACCAUUUCACCUCUGUGUGGAUGUCUAUCUGCAUCGCUAGAAAUGAUUAUGUGACACACAGGGUAGCUUCUUUUUAUGCGGCUGUGUGUGUCCAGCCAAAACAACUUUUAUAUGCGUGUUCUUUACUCUUUUUCUGUCUUUUGUGCAUUUCCUUGGCAGCGUUACAGCACCACUCACUAUCUUGGCAUUUGCACUACAUUGUUUUCAAUGGUUUGGUUUUGAGAGAUGAUAGAAAAACAUAUUAUUAAAGUGAAGUUUGGUGAAGUUGUCACUCAAUAUAAAAUCUAAAUCAAAAAUCUGGUUUUCAGAGAAAAAAUCAGGAUUUUAUUUUUAGCCAAAAUCGUGCAGCCCUACUCUGAACAUAUGUUUCAUAAACAAACAAAAGGCCCCAUAAUUAUUUGCACUCACAGAAAUGCUCUUGAAUAUAUUUUAAAGUCACUCCCAAAAACUUUAAACCAUCUCAUUAUUAAUGCAUUAAAUGGUGAUGUGUAUUUAAUAUUGUACACGGUCACUGUACAAAAUAUAAAAAAUACAGGAGCAGAUAAAACAAAAAUGGUCUCAAUUUUGAGUCCUUGUGAUGCAAGUCCCAGUUCCAUACACCUCUCUCAUUUGGCUGUGUGGACUGAUGCUUGAAUAAAUCAAUCCCUGUACUGUCUUUCGUAGAUUUGACUGACUUAAAACAAUCUUUACAGCAGACAAUAAGGCAUAAUGCUGCAAAACUGAAACAACAUUAUUUAUUUAAAAUAACCUGCUUUCUUUGAUUAGCGUCUGCACAUGCCACCAUAUCACCGACAGCCUCCAGGCAACCUUGACUACGAAUAAUAUGUAUUCUUUUGUAAAACCUGCCCCUGAUCCAGCUCAAAAACUCCAAAGCACAGGCAUAAAUGCAAAGUAGACUCAUCUAGUGCACUUUGUAAAGUUGAGAGUGACCAGGACUGAUUGAUUUCAUUAUGCUGCAUUCCCAACUGAACUUGUUAACAGCUUCACUGGAUCUCUAAGAGUUUUAAAAGUGAAGCAACAAAAUAAGUGUUGAGGGAUGCUGAUUGCUCCUGGAGGGGGGUUAAGAGUUUCAAGAAUUCAUUUACAGCUGGCUUCAUUAGAAAUUUCUGCCUGCUGCUAUCUGGGCCAUGUCCUGCUUUUACAAUUCUGGCUCCUGUACAACACAUAGCUCAGGCAACACCCAAAGACAUAAUGCUGGCUGUCCAGUAGAGCUCAUAAAAUACAGCUUUGAAUCAACAACUGGGACAUACCAAAAGACAAGGCAAGGACAGGAAGUCAUGUUGCAUUUCGUUUUACCUUGUUUUGCUGCUUUCCCUGUCUGUUUUGCUGCUUUGGCUGUUGCUUUUCAUGUCGACACAAGCAGAUGUCCAACUGGAGCCUUCCUUCAGAAUUAAGCCAUCAGUUGGAUUUCAUUUCUCUAUCCUUUUUAUUAGCAUAUGAUUUGAUUUAUGUUUUCUCAGCUCAGAGCCUUCUUGGAGCAUAAAUUGUGCUUGCAUUCCAUGAGAUAAUCUUGGUAGAAGCUUUUCACCUGUGGGCAAUCUUAUCUCUAACUUCAGACGUAGAGUUUAAAGUCUGUGUAUCAGCUGUCUCAGAUGAAUGCCUGCAAAAGCAGAUUCCUUCAGUCUGUCUGCAUUCAUCUAAAGCUAGAUGUAACUUGUUCUUUAGCUUGUCUUUCAGUCAGGGGUGAACAGGUGAAUAGUGAUAACUAGUAUGGGACACUUCCUUGGACAGUGAGAUUUAAUGUAUGUCUUAAUCCAGUUUUGUUGUUUUUUUGGUUCACUUUAUACUCUUUUUCAGGUACCUUCACUUCAACAACAUUGAAUCUUUGGAACCAGAGUCAUUCACUCAGCUACCGAAGCUCGAGCGACUGUAAGUUUAUGCUGUUUGAUGUGUUUAAUUUCAGUGUGCACCCUUCACUGCGGUGAAAAAGCAUCUUUCAUUUGAACUAGAAUCAGCAGGAAGUUUGAGAAGGAACUAGGGGAGGAACAAGUGCCAACUACAGUAGAUGUUGAAUUUGCUGUGCAGUACAAUGAUAAAGUACAGCCUUUAAAUAACCAUAGCCAACAGCCUCCCAAUGAGCCCUUGAGGCCUUCUGUUUAGUGCUGAGAUUAUAUUCAGUCCUCAUGAGACCACUUGUGUUAGUCCUGUCAGAGCAGUGAGAUGAUGUUAGUGUUCCUUUUAUUCUGUGGUUUAUGUGUUGAAAAAGACUGCUCAAGUUCAGUUAGAUAAUAACUUCAGGAUUUGUGUUGGGUUGUUUUGGAGUAAAUAUAAUCCUGAGUUCAAAAAUACCCAAAGUGGGACAAUUAAAGGGAUAUUCUGGCGUAAAUUAAAGUUAUGGUCAAACACACCAUAACACCCCGUUAGAGACCCCCUCGAGAGAUGGAUGUUGCUGACUGCUUGCUUCUCUAGUCAUACCAACUUUAGUAACGACGGCAUGAUAGCAAGACACAGCCGUAUACAUCUCCUGGUGCAUAACUCAACCAAAAAGCCACUUUAUAGCCACAAAUAAUGCUCAGAACAGCCCCUAACUCCAUCAACAGAACAUACCGGGUCCUAGCCAUAGUACUAGCCAUCAAACAUCUUUUUAGCUUUGUCUAAUUUCUUUAGUAAAGAGACCAAACACAACUCACCCACUCUCUUCCAGCAGCCGCUUGUUUGUGGGGGAGCUCUGACGAGUUGAUCACCAAGUGCAGCAGAUUAUGUCCAUGAAGUAAUAAUCAUAAAUGUUCUCCCUUGAGCUGCGAAACUCUGCUGCACUCAGUUAUCGCCUCGUCAGUCGGCAACAUUCAUCUCGUGAGGGGGUGUCUAACUCAGUGUUGCGGUGUGUUAAUCACAACUUAAAUUUACGCCAGAAUAUCUCUUUAAUUCCUUUUAUUAACUCAGCCAGUUUAACAUGAGGAGUUAGUAUGUUUUUACAAGUUUCACUUCAGGGUCCAGGACUGAGAGCACAUUUUUGGCUUAAUAUGCACCGUAAUAUAGGUAGGAGUGCCCACCUGAAUAUGGUCAAAUUUGAAAAGAUGCUUAGGACAGUUCUUUAUAUUAGGUUAGUUUUACAAUAAGUCGUACUUGAUGGUAUGAACCCUUCCUCCUGCAUACGUGGAAGGCAAAAACCUGACACAGAGAGUGCUCACCGCCCCUUCAUUUUAUCUGCACACAUGGCACAGAGUACAACAGGCAUCAGUGACUAAGUAUAUGUCCAUAAAUCAAGUGAAGAGGUAAAAAGGCGAAAUGAAAGUAGCAGGAGUUGUGUCUGUUGUUACACUAAUAUGUAUAAUGGAACAAGCUUCAUGUGUCUGAUGGAUUUUGAUAUCUAUUUAAAGUCCAAUCCUUGCUGUGUUCAAUUGUCUUAUUUUACCAUCAGUAAAUUUUCAGUUCAGAGCAUCACUAUGAUCUGAGGUACACCCUCAUGGUUAAGCUUCAUAUUUAAUGAGUAGAGGUUCCCCUGAAAGUUUGCCAAUCCAUGCCAGAAUCUUCCUCCUUAUCUUUAGUGGGUGAGCUUUGUUUGUGGAGCUUUUGAGCUGUUCUGGCUGGAGUCUGAUCUGUUAGCCUCAUGCUAACAUGACCGGUGAACACUUUGGAUAUGAACUUUCCGGACAGCCUGCAGAUGUAACACAGCCUCUGUGUCUAAACCUCUUUACCAGAUGUCUUGGGGUUGAAGAAAGUCCUUUUAAAUUCCUAUUUCAUUGUCCCUGUUUAUGAGCCAGUUGCUCCCCAGUAUAUCCAUGCUUCCCAGUCUCUGGAGAGGGGGAAGAGGAACGAGGGACACCUGCAAAAAUCAAGGAAGGAACAGGGUGGGAGGGAGGAGGAGGGAAUUCCCAGGCGCACACUCCCAGUGGCUUGUUGAGGAAUAUCUCCAUGGUCACAGUCAAAGCAGCCACUUUGACACAGAGAGCAUUUCUGUGAAUUUGUUUUUCUAAAGGUAGAGAUACAAAAUGAAAAACUGUGUGUUGUGGCUGAAGAGGUACAGCUGGUCCACUGAUAACAGAAGAGGAGGUUUGGUUUCCACCCUCUGCUGUCCACAUGUCAAAGUACUCACUAUUGGAGUCAUCAUCCUACAUGAAUAUACAGAUAUAGAAGAUAAUAACUUUGAUUAACCAUCAGUAUUUUUAAUUAAAAUAAUACUGGAUUUUUUUCCAAAUCCUUAUUUGAUGUUGCUUUCAAUAGCCACAAAUGCAUCAAGUCUUGAGCUACUUGUAAAGGUCCUCUUCUUAUCCUGAACUUACUUGUUUUCAUCAAUCUCAUUUAGGUUUUUACACAACAACAGAAUCACCCAGCUCAUCCCGGGAACCUUCUCUCAUCUUCAGGCCAUGAAACGACUGUAAGUGGAACAAAAAAAAAAGAUCUGCAACAGCCUCUGAAACAUCUGUGUGUGCUUGUCUCUAUCAAUUUCUGAAGUUUACUCCCAUGUGACCUUGUAUUAAGUCAGGCCUGUUUGUCGGUUAAAUGCCAUGUAACCACAGUGCUCUGUUCUCACGCUUCACACUGCAGGAUGGUUUCUUUCUCAAGGCUCUCUGACCAGGCUUUGGCAUGGUAUAGUCAUUCUCCCUCUGCAAAAGUGUCGGUGGAAAAAUGAAGAAGUUCAAAAAUCUAACUUGAAUAAAAUAUCCCUAAUUUUUAAGCCCAGCUAUCCCUCUAAAAGCCUGUACACAGUAAAGAGCUAUCAGUGUGUCUCCGCUUUUAACACAAUGUGUAUCUCAGAGCAGAGAAGCUUCACUGCUAUGUAGACAUAGAUUUAUCAUUAGUGCUAGCAUCCAAGUAGGGCUGGGUGAUAAAACGGUAACGAUAUACAGUACAGGCUAAAAGUUUGGACACACCUUCUCAUUCAAUGCAUUUUCUUUAUUCUCAUUACUAUUCAAAUUGUAGAUUCUCAGUGAAGGCAUCAAAACUAUGAAUGAACACAUGGAAUCGUGUGCUUAAGAGAAAAGUGUGAAAUAACUGAGAACAUGUUUUAUAUUUUAGAUUCCUCAAAGUAGCCACCCUUUGCUUUUUUGAUAGUGCUGCAAACUUUUGCUGUUCUCUCAAUGAGCUUCAUGAGGUAGUCACCUGAAAUUUUUACUUCACAGGUGUGCCUUGUCAGGGUUACUUCGUGACUGACAGUUAGUCACUAUGUACUUCUGUCAUCAAGAGCAAAGGGUGGCUAUUUUGAAGAAACUAGAAUAUAAAACACGUUUUCAGUUAUUUCAUACUUUUUUUAUAAGUACAAAAUUCCACGUGUUCAUUCAUAGUUUUGAUGCCUUCAGUGAUAUUCUACAAUGUAAAAAGUCAAAUAAAAAUACGAAAGAAGAGACAUUGAAUGAGAAGGUGUGUCCAAACUUUUGGCCUGUACUGUACAUUGAAAAUUAAUUUCCCUUAAUGUAAAUAUAAAACAUGGUUGAUAUCCUUUCAGUAGUCGGCAUUCUGCCUUGUUUUGGUAGACUAUACGAACAGCCAAUGAAAAGGGGAGUUGCUUCGGGUUCACUUCGUGCUAAACCAAUCGUGUUGAAUUAGAACCAAGUAGCAAACAACUGCGUAACAGCAGGCUGAAGCUACACACAACCAAAGCACUUUAAAAAAGAAGGCUGAUAGCACUGUUGGUGAGAAAAAUAGAAAAUGAGUGCUACCCCUGGCAGAAAUGCAGAUGAAGGCUCAACAGAUGAUGACAUCCUCAACAACACUGGCAUGAAAACGUCAGUGGUGUGGAGGUAUUUUGGUUUUUUGAGGUCGGACAUAAAGCAAAGCCAAGUGCACUGCAAAUUAUGUUGAGUACAUUUUCUCGCAAAGUCGGGGAAUACCUCAAAUCUUUUUCACCACCUGAAGCAGUGCCACGGGGCAGAGCACACGCAAUGAAAAAGGUUACAAUCCCGAGUAGAGCAAGGAGCCCAUGGCGCCUGUGCAGUCGAAACAGCUGACCGCUCAGUCCGCUUUCUCUAGCACAACGCCCUACGACAAAAAGUCAAAGAGACACAAAGACCUCACAGAUGCAGUAAUUUAUUGUAUUGCAAAAGACAUGCUACCAAUAAGCACUGUUAAAUUUCAAUUUUUAUUUUGUGAUAUAUAUCGAUAUUGCCUGAUUUGAAAAAAAUAUAUCAUGAUAACCUUUUUCCCAUAUCGCCCAGCCCUACAUCCAAGGUACAAUCUUCAUCCUUUAGCGUCUCUGUUUCGUGUUGUAUGUAAAAACAUCCUGUCAUGGUUUCAGAAAUCUGGAUUUGUUUUUGUCUAAGUUUGAGAUUUCUACAAGCGUCAUCCUCUUCACUCCAACUGAAACCAGAAAGCUGUUGCAUGUAAGCACGCUGUCCAAGUCUUUGUUCAUACUACUCUCUGAUGAAAACAGAGUGUAAUGGUGGAACGACAUGAUCAAAUCUGUGCAUCCCCUUAUACUGAAUAAGACGAGGCCAAAAACAAAGGCACAUUGUAACAGCAUGACUGAAUCGAUAUUCAUGAUUGCAUUCAGUGAAGAAGGAUAAAUAAAUAUGUUGGGGAUUGCUCAGUUCUGGGAACAACAGGUGUGACCUAAGAUUGGAUUUGUUGAUGACACAUUUUUCUCCAAGUUUAUUAAAAGAUUGCUCCACGGAAUACUGACACAAUCGUGAGCCUGUUACAUUUCCUGUAAGCUAUUUCAUGCAUAUUAGACACAUUGUGUUAAAACUGAAAGAUGGAUCAGGUACCAGAUAAUGAAGCCAAGCUGAGAGAUAGUUUCCCACAGCAGGAAGAGAGGGUCUUCUAGCAUGACCCUGCUAAGCCUCUCUGUCUGGUCUGAGCUGUGCUGGGUCUGCCAGAGAGGAUUUAUACGACACUGCUGCAUGCACUGCCCCACCAUUACGUGUCAUGUAUGCUCCCAUGUGCCAUUUCUCACUCAUGUCUGUGUGUGUGUCCUCUGUGUGUUCAGGCGACUGGACUCCAAUGCAUUAAACUGUGACUGUGAGCUGCUGUGGCUGGCUGACCUGCUGAAGCAGUACGCCGAGUCAGGGAAUGCCCAAGCUGCUGCAACCUGCGACUACCCAAGCCGACUGCAGGGCCGAUCUGUGGCAACGCUUACUGCUGAGGAACUCAACUGUGGUACGGAGACAAAAACCACUAUUUUGACUGAGAGGGAAAUCAGAUGGUAUUUGUCGACAUAACAGAGACAGUCACCCUUUUUUUUCUAAAUGAGCAGCUUUGGAAUAUCUUGGUCGUUUAGGAGAUGUCCAAUUAGGGAUGGGUGAUAAAAAAUCGUUCACAAUAUAUCGUUAGAUUUGUAUAUGGAUGACGUAAGCGUAAGCGACGGACUCACAGCCAUAGCGCACACAGAGCAGAAUAACCAACAAACACGGCCAAAGGUAAUGCAGAAGACGUUUCUGAGCAGGUUGUUACUAAAUGAGGCUCCACAUGAGGGAUUUUGUUCAAAAUUGGGGCUUAGAUGAGUGCAAUCAGGUAUGCCUGACAUUGGACAGUGGAUCUGCUGCUGUUCACUUUGUGCAAUAAGAGUUUUCGACAACUGUUGAAAAUAUUUUCACAUUUAAGACUUGUUUGAUGUCAUCAGUUUUUCUCCAUAACCUACCUCUUAAAUGUCUGUUUAAGUAUCUUAUUUGAAUAUUCCAACCGGUGUUCUCAAGACAAAAUGAGUCAAAAAUAUAGAUUGCAAAUACAAUAUUUUUUAUCAGGACUUUUGUCGCUAUCGCCUGAAUGGCAAAUCUUAUUGUAAUAAACAUUUCCUUUUGAUACUGGUUCUAAUAGUAAGAUUAAAGUCAGAUAAUAGGAACAUAAAUAGUGCAAAAGUUUGAAAAACAACUGCUGCAUACUACUCAUCCUAUCUGUGAUGUGCCAUGAAUGCUGUUGGGCCCUAUUUUUGUCUUUUUUUAGCUUAAAUGUUACAAUGUCAUUAAGACAGAUGCUUUUAUCUAAAGUUACAUACAUUAUUGGAAAUGGAGAGAAAAGACUUGAGAUACCAGACUUAUUCCCCACUGAGCACACACCUCUGCAGGCACAAAAGAGAGCAGUAUACACACCUUUGUAAUUCUACAAAUGUCCUGGCUUCAACCACAGCUAACAAAUACAAACCCCCAACCACCCUGCCAACAAACAGCAGGUCUGCUUAGUCACCCUGUCUCACCCACACAUCGACACAGUCACACACACACACACACACACACUGGUGUAUCCUCCCUUUGUGUCUGAGGUCUGUAAGCACCCAGCUGUUUGACUCUUUAUGCACCACCAGCUGUGUCUCUGGUCUGAGACACAGACCAGAGCCUCCCCCUUGUUUUAGCCUCUAGUCUCCCCAGUUUCAGAUCAGGAGCCUCUUCGGAACAUCAAUGAGUUGGUGCUGGAGGGGGUUGCUGUGUGUGAGUGUGUGUGCACAUGUGGACUAUUGUUUUGAAGCUCUAACAAACAAAAAGUUUGUUAAAAAAAUUUGAUACCAGAGCACACAGUGUGUAACACACAUAGGUGCAGUGAAAUUGCUCCACACUUGCUUUGCAGUCAGAGGUAGACAAUGACAGUGUGUGGUGGGCAGAGUCGCGCUGUGUGUGGGCAUGUCAGUGAGCGUGAAAGCACAUGCUAGUAAAACAACAGAGUUCAGUGUGUUUGUUCAAAAGUCACGAUAUCGCUGUUGCAGAAAUGUGUGUUAGCUGUUAGAGAGUCUGAAGGGGAUGGCAUAAGACCUGUGUGAGGGAUUACUAUAGCAACAACACAUCAUCAGCAGGGUAAAACUAAUCUGCCUCGUGAUGUUUGAGUUGUAUAACCAUGAAGUCUGUUGCAGUGGCUUUUAAUGAUAAAUCACCCACACUGCAGAAGUCAGAGAAAAACCUGACUCACAUUUGCACUGAGUCUUAGAGUCAUCAGAGGAGCGAAUGAACUUCCAUUGAUGACCAGCGACAGAGCUUAAGACAGUGGCUAAAGACCUGAAUCGUUUAUUUUUCCUCUCUCAUAUUGAGCGUAGUGUUAUAAACAAUCACUUGAAUCUUGAAAGUUGCACAGGCAAAUGUUAUGUCACUACGACAGGUUUGGAUCCGAAUUUCAGCUGACCUCACUUUUGAUGAUUCAGCUCUUUAUUUCCCCUUUGUUUAAACUCUGUGAAGGUGAAACUUGAGCUUUUAUUGUUAUGUUACUUUUUCAUGCAGCGAGUACAAACUCCAGCCCUCAUUGAACUGUAAGUCUGUUAGUUUGUGAACUGUUGUGUAAGCUCCUACAGCAGUAAAUCCCACACUCUCAGCUCUGUGUUUCUUCCAGCUCCGUCUGAAUACUGCAGCCUGAGCCAGCCAGGCAGGCUGGUUGGCAGCUGACUGUAACCCGACCACAUUUAAAUCUCUGCAGCUAAUUUGAUGGCCCCAACUUGCCCAUUCUUGUUCACUGAAACCCUCUCCACUUCAUCAGUCUGCAUAGCGAGCCAGCAGAGGAGGAAUGUAUGCCUGAAAACAUGGUGGGAGUUAUUCCACUCCUCCUCCUUGUUCUCCCUCUCUCUGUCCUGUAUACUGGGCUGAACAAUGCACAGCGGGUUGAACAGCUGUCAAAACAGCCGUCCUCCUUGGGAUAAGGUGCUAUCUCCCUUCACAGGUGCUAUCUGAUGAGCCAGGUUGGCCUUCUCAUCAGAUUACAGCACACAAUCUGCAAUUACAGUUCCUCCUGUUAAUGUAGAGCAACCGUUUGAUUCAAGGGGACAUGAGUCCUUGCUUCAUCUGAGUGUAGGUUCAGUUUACCUGCUGUUGUAUAAAGAUUUGACCUCAAACUCGGGGGUCAGUCUUACUGGCUGCUCUGAAAUGUAUCCACCAUCUUUUUUUGGGACAUUUUUUACCUUUUGCCCAAUUUCACCUUUGCCUGUUGACACUGUGGCAAAAACUUUGAAGUGUGUUGUCAUUCUAAAUUCGUAAACAACAUGGAAGAUAUUUUUCAGAUCAGUUCUAGUUCAAGAAGAAAAGACUGGUAGUUAAUGCUGGAGUGUUUCAACAAGGGCACUUCACGAUUCAUUAUAAUUUUGAUUAUGGGAGCUUCGAUUCUUCGAUUGUAAUGAUUUUUGAUUCGAUUCAAUUAUUAGUGCCACGAUUCUUGGAUUAUUGCCAUUUUUAAUGUUUUUUUUUUAUAUACAAGAUUGAUUUUGUCUUCAUCUGUGGCUACAUUUUUCAAAGACACAAAAUAUUUUAUUUUAUGACUGUUAUAUAAACAUUUGCACUUUGACUUAUUUAAAUUAAACUGGGAAGUUUAGUACAGUCUCCAGGAUGGUCCUCUGUGUGGCAGGCACAACUGGAGGAGCCUUCUCUGUUUUGGGAUGAAAGCAUACAAGGUGCUGCCUUGUGUUUGUGGGGUUACUGAGGUACUUCAUUUUUGCUUUGCAAAUCUUGGUCUUGUCAGUCGUCUUGUUUGCUCUCAUAAAAUCCAAAGAACUUCCACACAGUUGCAGCCAACCCUGGUGGUGAAAGAGUCGGCUGCUCUUUAAAGGCUGUUGCCAUUUUACAAAGAAACUAACGUGCUCGGUUUGUUGUGGUCCCAUUCAAGGUUCCGGAUACGUGUUUUUUUGUUCUGGCCUUGCUGCAAAGCAUCAGCGUUAUUAUGUAUUUUAAGCAUUGACGUUAAUUAAUUGAUGGCAGAGACUUUGCUCCUCCAGAUACAUAAAUAUGCACUUAUGUAUAUGAGAAAGCAGGGAGUGUGUGUCUGUUUCCCACUCAAAGAUAUUUACUGUUUUGUUGAUGUAGCUGGAAAUUUGUUCACAGGGAAACAAACUCAAAUCCUCCUUCCCUGCAGUUCAGUUCUUACCUUUGGAGCAGACGGUAAGAAACAGACACAAAAAAGGCUUUUAAAUAAAAAUACACCACUGUUUUAGUUCAACUAGUCGAUCUCUAAACGUGCUCAAAGACACAAUGACUGGCUUCAGUCUCGUGCAAGCCUGCACCAGACAGAGCACAGAGACAGAUGAUGGAUCGAUAAAUAUUUAUACUUGUGUAAUCAUCUUGCAUUCCUUCUCUCCGGCCUUUUUCUCCAGAGGUACCCAGGAUCACCUCAGAGCCGCAGGAUGUGGAUGUUACAUCAGGAAACACCGUCUACUUCACUUGCAGAGCUGAAGGCAACCCCAAACCACAGAUCAUCUGGCUCCGAAAUAAGUAAGACAGUCAGCACUAAGAAGAACAUGUCACUGACUGUUUACAACAGUGUUUCCAGCUAGUUCCUGUUGAAACCUGAUAAGCUUCCCAAAAUAUUUACGAUAAAAUAAAUUAAAGUCUGAGUGUCUCGACCUUACAGUUUACACGCAUGUGAUUUAUGUGUUUUUCUAGAGGAGUGCUGCAUGUGAAUUGACAGUAAACAUGCAGUGAUUUAUGUUGUGAUGUGUCUUCACCUUUACCCUCUGACAGCAAUGCUCUAAACAUGCGUGAUGACAGCCGUCUGAACCUGCUGGAGGACGGGACUCUGAUGAUUCAGGACACCAGGGAGACCGAUCAAGGAGUCUAUCAAUGCAUGGCCAAAAAUGUUGCAGGGGAGGUGAAGACUUCUCAGGUCACCCUGCGUUAUUUUGGAGCCCCCUGUAAGUAUACUUAAUAAUACUUAAGCUCCAUGUCAUAAUAAUGUUUGUGGAAAUCUCAGCAGAGCAUAUUUAUGCUCAGGCAGAGUAACUCACAUCACACAAAUGUAAUUUUUAGCAUAUUUGUCUCUGUCAAUCAAAAGACACUAAGACAGAAUUGUGCCAGCAUUUUAUGCAAAUUUUGUUUUUGUGAUGCUGAGCUGUAAAACUCUGUCAGUAUGUUUGUUUUUGUGAACAAAAUGGCAAUACGAAAAUAUGAGUAUUUCAUUUUCAGACAUUUAUGAUAUAUUUUCCUUUAAUCCACAUCUAAUCAGUCAGAACCCUUUAUUUUCUUGAACAUUUAUUUGUAUUCCUGUCAGGGGCUGACUUAAUUAGGAGGCCACAGUGUUAGCUUGGUCACUUACCUGUGAUGAGUGUGAAAAGGUCACAUUACCUGUGAAAUGUCUGUUAAGAAUAUCCGUCACUGCAGGCACAGUCUGGAGCUUUCAUCAAAGUGUAUCACAGCCCUCCUCAUGACCGUGUGUGUGUGUGUGUGUGUGUGUGUGUGUGUGUGUGUGUGUGUGUGUGUGUGUGUGUGUGUGUGUGUGUGUGUGUGUGUGUGUGUGUGUGUGUGUGUGUGUACUAAGUGCACUUGUAUUCAAAGUCAGAGCAAUAAUUUUUAGCCAUAAUGUCCAAAUACAGAUGGUAGCAGAGUCAUGACCAAAAUAUCCAGCUAAGGUCAGGAAUCUGGAUGUUUCACAGGGUCUAGUUUUUAAGAGUGAAAUAUUUCAGAUUUAAACACUUAAAACGACCCCGGACACACAUUUCUGAUCAGCCACUUGGUUUUUUUUUUUAAAAAGAUGUUUUGACUAAAAAAGGAUUCAAAUGUUUGAAGAUUUGUCCAGUAAAACUUGAAAAAAGACCAAAAUGGUUACAGCAUAAACAAGCAAAAACAUGUUUAUUCCAACCAUAUCUAAGCCAGUCUGUUAAAUUACUCAUAUACUGCUUUAAGAUUUCAGCAAAGAUGUGUGAGUUUCAGGUUUAACUGACACACACUCGCUUCUAGACAAAACAGCACAUCUGUAGUUGAUACCUGGCCCUGACAUGUUGGCACUGAUCCAUGCCAAGCCAUCCAGACAUAAAGUGCAGUUAACCCAGAAACAGCCCAUGGAGAAGGAGGUGAAAUUACCUGGCUGUGCAUGCGUCAGUGUGAUGUUAUGAAGCCAAACACAACAACGUCUGGUUUUCUGCCAAAUGUUGGAAACAAAUAUUCAGUGAACGCAGCUUCAGGGCAUGAGCUCACAAAAGUGAACCUGUUGAAAAAAAAUUUCCACUUUCAAACUCUUCCAUCCACUCAAACAGAUUCCUUCUUGCACAUUUUUUAUCUGUUGUAUUUGUUCAAAUUUGUAAAUAAUGCUAUUUAAGGAACUAGAUUACAGAGGUGACAUUCAAAGUUUGAAAAUGUGAAGAUGCCCUCAUAGUUUUCCUAUUUUUAAGCCAUUUCAUUAAGCAUAUUACUGCAUAUUUUAGCUCAUAUCACAGAGCCAGGAGAUCAAACCAGGGUAGGAUGUCUCCAUUGUGAAUAGCAGUGAGAUUAUUCUCAGCAUUUAGGAGAUCCAGAAGGAGCAAAUCAUGCUGGCUUUAAUGUGAAACUUUCUCUCCAAUCACUUGUUCACAGAUACACCCGACUACAUCAAGUCCUUAGUCUCUGUUGCUCAUUUCCUCCAUGGUCUGCCUGACAUACAUAUAUUUACACACUUCAGUCUCCCAUCAAUCAGUCACUGUUAGAUGAAUAGCUGUUGCAGUAGGAGAUGAGCACACCUAUCUCGCAGUGACCCCAAGGUCACUACUGAGUGAGGCAUGGCAAAAAGGAUGACCUUUAGUUAAGGACCAUUUUUUAAAAGCAGAUGUUGUGCAUUUCCUGUCUCCAUGUGAUUGUAAACCCUAGGCCUCUCUCUGACUGUGUACAUAUUUCCUCUGACUCCACUGUAAUCACUGGCCAAAUAUGGAGUGGACUUAGCCACAUUCACUGAUACACACAGGAGGUUGUUUUGGCAGGAGUCACAAAUACACAUAGGUAAUGUUUCUGCAUAAACUCACCAUAAAGUGCGCCCGUAUGUCUUUAAGUGACUUUCUUUUCUCCAUCCCCCGACACCAGUUUUUUAACACCCCGAAAAAAAAAAAUCACUUCUCACCUAAUUAAUCUAACCCCAUUCCCACGCCCUCCCCCCUUUUUUCUCCUCCCUUGCCUUUCAGCACGGCCAAGUUUUGUGAUCCAGCCCCAGAACACUGAGGUGCUAGUGGGAGAGAGUGUGACCCUUGAAUGCAGCGCCACCGGCCAACCUCAGCCCCGGGUCUCCUGGACAAAAGGUGAUCGGACCCCCCUGCCAACCGACGCCCGCAUCAACAUCACCCCCUCUGGAGGGCUUUACAUCCAGAAUGUGGUCCAGGCUGACGGAGGACAGUACACCUGCUUCGCCUCCAAUAAUGUUGAUACCAUACACGCCACAGCUUUUAUCAUUGUACAAGGUGGGGAUUCAGUUUCUCUCUGUGUUUAGAAAUCUGAUUUAUUGAUCGAUAUCAUGACCAAACACUGAUAGAACAUUAUUGAUCACUUCAUUACAGGCCCUCUUAAGUUUUGGCAGAGAUGUAUUAGAUAAAAUAAAACAGAGAUUCACUGUUAACCAGCUGUGCACAUCCCCAAACUCUUGUGAACUUAUGACCCUGUAAGACCUUUUGAACUUGCUCAAAAUCAUGUAUUAACAUCGGAUCCUGACUGAUCUUAAAAUUUUGCCAUCUGCUAUGAGAUGUGUGUUUGUAGGUGGUCUUUGUUCCUCCUAGUCUGAUCUGUUUAUUCUGCUGACAGGAUAUUCUGACAAUUACAUGCACUGCAGGGAACCAGGAGAAGGAGAUAGAGAGGGUUGUUUGAGUGUCAUUUUGUCUUUGAAAUAUUUACAAACAUUGAAUUCUCCUGCUGUCUGGGCCUUAGUUACAAUAUGUUGAGAUACAUUUAGACAGCUGAGGGUCAUAUAAUCACAGGUUGGUAAUUCUACUAUUUUUAUCUGAGAUGACAGGACCUCCGACCUCAAAUAAACUCUCCCAAUACUGACCACAUUCACCUCUUUGUAAGAACUGAAUGAAUUUACUUUGGCAGCACAUGGUCCAGACCCUCCUAAAACAGCUUUCAGAUGUCCAACAUAUCAGAUUAUUGCCGUGUCUCAUGAGAUAUAAUGACCCAUAGAAGUUAAUUCCCUCUAGCUGACUUUACUUCUCUGACCUGUUGGAUAUAUUCAGGACUUUCUAUGUGACCUCACUCUGCCAUUGCCUGUGAAGCCUCCUUGAAGGCAAGAUUUCAAUCUCAUUCCUCAAACGCUGUUUCCUCCUCUGCCCCCAGCUAUCCCCCAGCUCACAGUCACACCCCAGGACCAAUCAGUCCUGGAGGGUCACACAGUGGAUUUUCCCUGUGAGGCAAAUGGUUACCCCCAGCCUGUGAUUGCCUGGACACGUGGGGGCAGCCCUUUGCCUCUAGACCGCCGCCACGUGGUGCUGUCUACUGGCACUCUCCGUAUCACCAGGGUGGCAGCCCAUGAUGAAGGCCAGUAUGAGUGUCAGGCAGUCAGUCCUGUGGGAACUGUUCGUGCUGCUGUGCAGCUCAGCAUCCAGCAGAGAGGUGAGAACACAGAGUGGACAUGGAAAUGAUCAGACUUUAGCACUUAAUAUGAAAAGAUGUCUAUUUUAUUGCCACAGAAAGACUGUUAAAGGAUUAGUCUGCAAUUUCCUGAACAUGGACUCAGUCUUUCUUAUGACACAGUGUCUAAAUAGAUUCCUUCAGCCAGCAACUGCAAGACAAGGCAACCAUUCAAAGAGCUCACACUUUCAGUGUUUUUAUCUGAGUCAUAUUGUUAUGCAAAGAGCAAAAUGUUCCACUCGGGAUCUCUGGGAAAACAGUUUUUGAGCUAACUAUGAGACCAUCUUUGACUAGACACAUGUGUCCAAUUUUAAAAACAGUAAUUGUACGUCAUAGACUAGUCCAGCUAACCUGAUUGAUUUCUUUAUGUUUGUUAUUACAUUGUAAAAAAGCACUUUUAAUAACAGCUACUGCUCUGAGGAAUGGGCAAGGUUUCAUCAUAGCUAACCCAGCCUGUUUAAAGACGAUCAGCUGAGACGAUCUACUGGAGGAUUUCUGUGGAUAUAAGCAGAUUUAUAAGAUUUGGAAAUGAAUGGCUAGAGUUUGAAAGUUGAUGUUACUGCAGUACUGGUCUGAUAUAUGAAAGCUGAUCUGUUCUGUGAGACAGGCAGCUGAGAAAUGUGGCUGAAACACUCAUUCACAAACAGGUUGUUAGUGUGGCCACUAAAAGCCUUCCUCAAACACUGCAUGAUUGUGUAGGAGGAGGAGGAGGAGGAGAAGGAGGAGGAAGAGGUGGGCAAGGUGGUAAAAUGUUGAGAGGGUGGGAGUGAUGUAGCACUCCUCAUUCACAGCUUAUUAGUCAUUCACACAUACAAGACUGGUAUUAAGCUGCUGUAAUGUAUGUGCACACUGAAAGACAUCACACUAUGUGUGUGUGGGUGCUGGUGGGGGUUACUUGUGUGGUCAGGCUCUUUAUUUUCUGUGUUCAAAUAAGCAGUGAGAACUUUUCACUUCUCUGUGCUUUAAAUGAUUCUGCACAUGCACAUAUUUGCUUGUUUUUUUCCUUUAGAAGAAAGCUAAGUUUGACUCAGAGCUUCUGACUUGUGUGCAGAUGGUUGUAUUUUGCGUGUAUGAUUGUGUGUGGAUGAAAUUACAGACUUGGCGAAUCAUGGGAAAGCACGACAGUCUGUAAUCCUGUGAUGACACCAUGUUUUUCCAUGUAGUGAUGGUUGUUAACACGGCUCAAAGUACACGUUGCAUAAUGGCCCCACACUGCUGAGGAGCUAUACAAGCCCACAUCCAUGCAUUCCGUGCAUGAUGAUGAUAGCAGCUUUAUGCAGAGAGCUCAAGAGUAGAGGAAGAGGAGAAGCUUGAGAGGAAAGUGAAAGCCAGGAUUAGCUGGAUUUACAGCUCACCUCCUUUCAACCAGUAUGCCAGUCUCUCUGUGAUAUAUUCAUUGUUUUAAAGUUGCUGUGCUCUCGUCUCGGUGGUAGAAAUGUGUUGCCUGCAGCUCUGACACUGUGUACUGUACCCUACAAUGAACCCUGUGUUUAAGAAAGUUCAGCUUUGAUUCAAAGGUUGUUAAUUAGUGUCAGGCGUGUAUAAAACUGCCUCCCACUCCAGUUUAUGUUCUGAAACUUUGGGGAUUUUCCCAUAGCCAGGUGGCUCACUGGAAACAAAGAAGAAUAUGAACAAUAUGUAUUUCUCCCCUUUCCUAGCCCAACAUCCUUUAUUUAAGUCUAUGUUUAAUUGGAACAGUGCAAACUCAAGAAUCAAAUGUUGAAACAGAAAAAUGAUGUUUUUUUCCAUGCAAAGUAUAGGAUAUUUUAUUUCACUAAAUUUCACCCUUAGGUGUUGAAAAAAUGUGAUCAAUUUUUAUUUUGUUUUAUUGCAUUACAUUUUCAUUUAUACACACCCCUUGUCCCCACCAUUGUCCUGAGGGUAACAUUAAAUUUGGGUGAUUACAGGGAAGAAAAUAAAUGAAUAAAUAAAAAAUUAAAUCAAUAAUAAUAAUGAUAAAUAAAUAAAUAAACAGCAAACUGUAAACAGUAAACAUAAUUAUGAGAUACAUGGAUAAAAUGAAAAAAAAAAAAAAAAGGGCAAAAGAAAAUUUGAAUUAAAAAAAUAAAUAAAUAAAGUGUAAAAUUUCAAGUAAGAUUCCCAUAGCAGACCCUCAAAACUUCCCGGUGGGAUUUGUUGCAACUCCAUCUUAAAUGUAGCUUUUUGAGUCCUUGGGUGGCAGAUUCAGUCACUGCACUAUUUGCCAACACAUGAAGCAAUCAGGGUUUUUAUCCCUUCCAAAUCCAAAUCAUGCAAUGCCCUCAUCUCCCUUUGGACUCUGCAAUACCUCAAAGUGUUUUAAUAUUUUGCAGACCUGUAGUAACAGCAGUACAAUACAUCUGCAGAACUGUAAAAUGUUGAGAUUACUCUAUGUCUGCUGUGCUUGAUUACAAAAAAACAUUUUACAUGCAUUGUACUCUGAGCACUAGUGCAUAAUCAUUAACACAUGCGCAUGUGUGUGUAUGUUUUAACUCAUUCAGUAACGCCUGUUUUCACAAAUGCUCCAAGGGACCUAUCGGUGGAGUCUGGCCAGGACGUCCAGAUUCCCUGCAGCGCUCAGGGCCAGCCACAGCCCGUCCUCACCUGGAACAAGGUUAGAUGAUAGAGCUGCUGUCGGCUUAGUAAGCUGCUUUUCACCUCCUCAUGCAGAGGUCAAAAGGUUAAACAAAUGAUUAUGACAAGGAGGUAGGGACUCUGGCAAAUAAAUUAUGGAGUUAAUUUAAUCAUUUAAUGCAACAAAAUGUCAGAAAUGUCAAGAAGUCACUAAUAAGAUUAAGCCUAUUUCACUCCAAAAACAGGCACGCAGACUAAACAGCUCCAUGACCUAGACAAACAGGUCCUGUCUGUAUAACACUUAAUCCUUUGCCGGUAAUUUGAUUCCCAACUCUACAUGGGAGCUUACAGGGUCAUGACCUUUGCCCUCUGUUACACCCCCAACCCUGUCUUCCUUAGGAUGGUGUUCAAGUGACAGAGAGCGGAAAAUUCCACAUCAGCCCUGAGGGUUAUCUGGAGGUGAAGGAUGUGGGCACGGCUGAUGCAGGACGCUACGAGUGCAUCGCCCGCAACCCCAUCGGCUUCCAGGUGGUUAGCAUGGUGCUAACAGUCACAGGUGAGGCUCUCCCCGUGUUGUUUCUUAGUCCCUUGGUUUAUCGUCCCAUGACAAGAUUCAAUUUGCUACAUGUGUUGUACCUCAUUGCAUUACAGUUAAAGUUGCAAGCAAAAGCCACUGAUAUGUUGCAGAAUUAAAUGCAGGACUUGACAAGAAACAAAAUAAAAGUAGACUAAUCAAUUAAAUUUUAACACUCUUACCAGUCAGCACCAGAAUUACUUUGCAGUUAAACUAAUUACAGAUAGUUAUAAAUAUUAGUGGCUACAGGUGCUUUUUGACCAAAAGUACCCAGAACUUUUAGUUCUGAAUUGUCAGGCCCUGCAACCCAAAGUCCCUGGUGCUAUUGGAAAGAACUACCCCCUGAACAGGGGCCUUUGAAAGGGGGAGAUUGUUUUUUUUUUUCUUGAACUGAAUCCAGACCAUAAUGCUAAAAUGCUACAGUACUUAGACAUAAAUGAGCAGAUGGAGAUAAAUUUGUAUGAAGGUUGUGCGUAUAUAAACAGGCAGUGUCACAGUUUUUAAACAGGAUCCUGCAAAGAACAGUCACUCUCUUGUGGUUGAGCUAAAUGUUUACCAGUCUUCCAAAGCAGACAGUGAAGCAAGACAGUUGCACAUGUGCGGAAUUCAAAAGGAGUUUAAGUAUGAAAAUGUGAUAUAGUUCAUACAGUCAGUGUUAAAGGUUGUCACAGCAGAGUAAAACCUGCUUUCCAUCCAAGUCAGUCAGUACUUCAGUCACACUCUGCUGCAAUGCUAUCAGAUUCCUGUCAGCUCUUCUCUGUGUGUUGCUGUUUCCUGCUGAGAUUUCUCAGGUCAGACCACAGCUCUCAGCUGCUCAAUCAUAAACUGUAUCAAAGUGCUUAGUUAUUGUUGGACUUACUCAGCCCUCACGUCACAGUCUCACUGUUUGCAAUGGCACACUGAGAUGACUAAGUGUGCCAGAAAUGUGCUCACUCUGACUUCAGGAGGGAAGCUGAAGUGCAGAUCCUUGAAAGGUUAAAAAACGCUGAUGAAUCGGAGCUUUAUCUACUGACCUUCUUUAUACCUCUGAGGACUUCAGCCUCAUGUGCUCUUCUGUAUCUAGUCAUUAAUAUAACAACUCUGUCUCCAUGUGUUCCAGUUCCUGCUGUCAGCAGAGAGGGGGACACCUUUGUGAGCACAUCCAUAGAGCAGGCCAUCCGUAAUGUGGACAGUGCUAUUGAGUCAACAAGGAGACGUCUCUUUGAUGGGUGAGAUACAAGAAACUCACAGACACGUGCAAACACACAAUGAUGCUUCCUCACACUCAAGUUAAAACAUAAGAUGCUCACUUCUCAUAUGUUUCGUCUGACUCAGAGCAGACAGAACAGUGUAGGAGAGACACAUCUGCUGAUUAAACAGUGUGCACAUAUAUUUUACUCAUAACUAAAUUGUGUUCAUGUGUCCAAAGUAGUGGAGAACUGAGGAUGCAGCACAUUGCUGGAGAUGCAUAGUGAUUUUUUUGGCCACAAUAUGUACAGCUAAAGUCAUGGUAUGAAUAUCUAUGUUUCCUUUUUGGCCAAUCUAAAGAUGUGAUUCACCCUUUGAAAUUUAUGACACUUCUAACCCUGUUUGUCACAGCAAGAGCAAAUGCUGAAAGUAAAGCUAGUUUACAAGUCCUGCUGUGACAUAUCUGACCUUCAAAAGAUUUUGACGAGAAUUAGUUGUACUUUGUGCCUCUACUCAUCUGCAGUAGCACAGUUUAGUAAAUGUUAUGCUCUCAAACACUAGUAGAAAAGGAGAUUAUAACUCAACAGAUGCAAAGAUCAGUUUGCAUUUGUUCUCAUUGUUAUAAUUUUCUGUUCAGGCUGAGUCCAGAGCUGCUCAUGUGGCCAAAGCUUCAGUACAAAUCACUUGUCUCCCAUUAUCUUGGCACAUGACUUGAAUGUUCCAAGUCUGAGUCAGAGCAUACAGGGGAAGAGCGUGUCCAUUCAGCUGCUGAUAUUGCUGCUCUUUCCUGUUGCAAUGCACAAGGACUAAAGUUUAAAACAUCAGAGCGACAUGGAGGAACCGUGUCUCAGGCCAAAAAACAGGCAUCUGUUUAGAUAAUUAUUCUGAUAAAUGUAUUUAAGUUCAACUGAAAUCAGCAUUUUUAGGAUUCUGAGCGGAUGAUUGUUCAAGUCUUUUUUUAUCCAGUAAAGUUUUCACUGCACUCUUUGCCCCUGUAAGAGAUGUAGGUGGUUACAAUACACUUCAAGUGUUCCCAUUCUGCUGAAUGAUGUGGUUAGCAGUUGUGUUUUUCUUGGCAUGCACAUUCACACAAUCUGCCCACACAUGCAUGCACAAAUGCUGUACACACACACACACACACACACAACUGAACUCAGUGUGGUAGCCCAGAUGAGAUUAGGGGAUUUCCAGCUCUCUUUAAUGACAAUCACAGAUUAACAGGAAGCCUCCACCUUGGCUGAUGGCAUUUACCCGAGUCUUUGAACCUGACCUGAAAAUCAUGAAAGCAGACUCAUAUUCUCAUAUUUGAGAAUGAGAGAAAAGGUUGUGGCAUGACGGACGUCAUCUGUGUGACUAAGAGGUGUCAGACUGUCAGAUUAAGUUUUGCUAGGUGAUAACAGCUGCUCCGCAUUAUCACAACAAACCACAUCUAUGUCACCAUCUUUCUCAAAUUAUCAGACAAACUAAGAUAAAGGCAAUCAUAUUUCCCUUCUGGAAAAACCAUAGUAAUAACAGAGAUUAAAUCCACCUUUUAACAGUGUGGUCCACUGUAAAGGGAGAGUGUGGUCCCGCACCACAGGACUCAAUUCCUGGUAACUGUAGAUUAAUUUAAGUUUAUGAGCAGUGCUAGUCAAGUGAUAAAAAGGAGAUAUGUAUUUCAUUAUGCAUCAAAUAUCAUCUCAUGUUUAUCCUGGAACAGAUUCAUGAGGAAUAAUACCUUUGCACCUGAAGUUUAAUCCCUGAAAUUGAACAUCAAGUUAAUUUACAAUGUCUAACUGAGAAAGGGCCUGUGUCCACUCGCAGCAAUCAAGAGCCUAAAUUCAGAGCUGCUGCUCUGUAAGAUAAACUUACAGGGAAACACACAUAUCCACCAACAAAGAUGCGAAUUUUAAUCACUGCAGAUUUGUAGAUUUCCACUGAACAUGUACAGCUGAUAAUGUGGUGUAUGUGUUUAUUUUCAUUUUAAACAUUAUCCUUAAACCAGUUUGUGGGGGGGGCCUGACAAGUCUAUCACUGAGUGCAGCGGAUCAUUUCCAUGAAGUAAUAAUCAUCAUAGUAAUCAUUUUUACUGCAGACACAGUAGUUCUUCUGUCUUAGCGCCUCGGUCUGAUUGCAUUUCCAUGAAGAAAUGAUCAUAAAUGAUCUUCCUUGAGCUGUGAAACUCUGCUGCACUCGGUGAUUGACUCGUCAGGGCUCCCCCACAAACAAGCAGCUGCUGGAAGGGAGAGGGUGAGUUGUGUUUAGUCUCUUUGCUAAAGAAACCAGGCAAAGCUAAAAAGAUGUUUGAUGGCUAGUACUAUGGCUGGGACCCUAUAUGUCCUGUUGAUGAAGUUAGGUGUUGUUCUGAGCAUUAUUUGUGGCUAUAGAGUGGCUUUUUGGUUGAGGUUUGUGCGUGUUGAGACAUACACAGCUGUGUAUUGCUAUCAUGCGGUCAUUGCUGAAGUUGGUAUAACUAGAGAAGCAAGCAGUCAGCAACAUCCAUCACUCGAGGGGGUCUCUAACUGGGUGUUAUGGUGUGUUUGACCAUAACUUUAAUUUAUGCUAGAAUAUCUCUUUAACCUACAGUAGCAUUUUGAGCCUGUUAGAGGCAGAAACAAGUACAAUUGUAGAAGCAACGCACUUGGCCUGGAGGAUGAUGUUACAGCCAUCCCAGUCGGUUUCAUGAGCACUGGCUGAACUAACCUGUCUGAGGUAUUCUUUCUUUGGUUUUGAGUCAUUUAAAAUCUAUAACUGGUUAAUAAAAAAGAAAAGUUUUUUUUCUAGGUUUAGAAAUAAAUAAAUUACCACUUAAACAUAAUUUCUGCUCAUUACACAUUAAGAUACAAAAAUGAAUGCCUAUGUUUCAUUAGUAAGCUUGUCUACAUGUGUUAUUUCCCGAACUAAAACCUCUUGCAAGAUGAGAUCAUAUAGUUUUUUUUUUUUUGUUUUUAAUAUAUUUUAUCUUGGACGCAUGUGGAUCUGGGAAGAGGUUUUACAGUUUUCCACACCAUUUAAUACAGCUCUGGCUGAGCUUUAAGGCCUGAGCUUGUGGAGUUGAAUACAUAUUUUGAAAAGUAGUUUGAAGUGAUAGUUGGGCAGUCCAGCUGGUGGACUUGAGCAGAGUGAAGCAGAAAUGACACAAAGAGUCAUAUGGUAAGCUGCUGUGGUAAGCCCCCGAUAAGGGAGAUCCAGUUCAUCAGUGAAAUGUCUGAGAUGUUUGUACGUGUUUCAGGCUUCUCUUUGUUUGAACUCUGUGACCGAGUAGAGCUGCAACAGGAAAAGUUUUCCGGAAAGUUACAGAGAAAGCUCUGCCUGGUUUUCUUGCCCUGCGGCAAAAAGGAAAACAUUCAUGCGAAGAAUGUUAUUUAACGCUUCAUUUAAAGGCAGAUCUUUUCCUCUGCUUCAUUUAAAUGUGUUUUUUUCACACCCUGGUUUCCCCAACACAUCCUCCACCGCGUAUCUACACACUGCAUCUCCUCACACAGUGUCCACUCUUUAUCGAAAUUUAUAGAAUUCUUUCAUUCUCUCUUUUUCUCCCUUAUGCCCUCUCUAUCCCUCAUCCCUUCAGUCAGCCUCGUACCCCUGGAGAGCUGCUGGCUCUUUUCCGGUAUCCUCGGGACCCUUACACGGUGGAGCAGGCUCGAGCCGGGGAGAUCUUCGAACAGACUCUUCUACUUAUCCAGAACCACGUCAACCAGGGCCUCAUGGUGGAUACUAAUGGCACAGGUAAGGCUAAGCUGUGCUCUGCAGAGGUUUCUUCCUUACUGAAAAUAACAUUAGGCUGUAAUCUAAAGAAGAGAAGUAAUAAUAAUAAAUAAUGCUCAAUAAUUUGAUACCAGGCUAAUGUUAUAUAACACUAAAGUCAUUCUUUAUCUGUAUAGUAUCUCUUAUGUGGCUAAAUUGGAAGUGAGGAUGCUCGGAAAAGAGGUGAUGUGUAUGAAAUCACUACAAACCUAUAGCAGUGGGCUGUUGGGAAGCACAGAUCUUGUUAAAUUCAUAAAUGGUGGGUUUAAAUUCGUUUUGCAUCAGCAGUAGGAAGGAGGGUGUCAUGUUCUCAUAGGCUGCCUCUGUCCAAAAGCUCUGCAGCUGAGAAAAGCCAAAUGCUGAAGUCUGUGUGAGGGCGUGUGCAGCCUCAGAGGUCCCAUGGGAGUCUGCUUACUAGUUUACUGGUGGUGUGAGGUGGAGCUUUUGGCAAACAGAGCUGUUAAUUAUGAUGUAUUCAGUGUGCAGGGAAUAACCACUGGAAAACUUCACACUUGGAGGAAAUGAUUAAUAUGUGUACAUACAUGUAGAGAAGUCUGAUGUCAGAGACAAAAUCAUGUUUUCUUGCACAGUCAAGUCUCUCCUUGUUCAGUUUACUCAAAGGCUCAUUAUCACAGAUUAUGUAGGUCAAUUACUUUUCCUCAAGCUUUCUGUACAUGUGCCAGUAAGUGAGUACAUCAACCAAGCAUGCGCUGCUGGCUCAACUUCAUAAUGACACCAUUUAUUAAAUACCUGAAGACUUGUUGUGAAGGUUCUUAGCUAUCCAGGCUGUAGUGAUUCAAAGCUUGAUCCCAAAGGCAGCUGGACCUGUUUAAAGGUCUUGAAGUUGUUCGCCUGUCUUCUGGAAGUCUUGUACCGUUUUGUACUGAGAUCCUCAGAUCCUUUUUCUGAUAAGCUCUAAAAGGGUAAACAUGAUUCUGUUUCUUGUGUUGACCUUCUGUUUCCUCAGAUUUAAUUUUGAUCCAUGUGUACUGAAUAAAAUGUUUUAUAUAUAUAAAAUGCUUGCUCAGAACCUCGUAAAAGCUGUGUUAGCAUUAGCAGCCAAAUUUGAACCCCAACUUGACCGUGAAUUUCUCCUCCAGCCGUUAAGUCAUAUUUGCACAAGAAGUCAAAAUGAGCUGAGAAAGUGACAAGAAAUAUUUGCGAAAAUACACCAAGUAGGCAGAGAUGAUGGCAUUUGUACCAUGGGAGAUGUGUUUCAGGGGAGGUCCAGAGCUCACUGUACGUUACUUAAUGUUAUGUGACUUUACUUAAAAUUAUGUUACAUAAAGUUACGUUUGGUUACUUUACGUGAAGUUAUUUUACGUUACAUUACUUUACGUAAAGUUAUGUUAUGUUAUGUUACAUUAUGUAACAGUUACCACAUUGCGUUGUGUCAAAUGAUAUUAUGUACAUUACAUUGCAUAAUGUUACGGUACAGUAAUGUUACCAGAAAAGUUGUUACAUAAACCACAUUCCAUUUUAUUAAAUUGUUACAAAUUACAUUACAUUGCAUAAUGUAACACGGCGUUGUGUUACAUUGUGUUACGUUGCAUAACAUUUCAUUAUGUUACAGUAAUGGUACUUUCAAAAGUAGUUACAUUAACCACUUUGCGUUGCAUUAAAUUACGUUAUGUUACAUUGCAUAAUGUUACAUCACAUUAUGUUACUUUAUGUUUUGUUACGUUAAGUUACAUUAUGUUAAGUUACAGUAAUAGUGCUAAAAAAGUGGUUUCAUUAACCAUGUUUCAUCGCAUUAAAUAAUGUUAUGCUAUGUUAUGUUACAUUUCAAUAUAUAUAUUUUUUUCUUGAUGGGGAAAAAAGCCUUGAUCUCAAAUGCCUCAUAUGCAGUAUUGAUACUUAAAAACAAACGCCAGUACACAUGUUAACAGAGAUCCACACACCAUCAGAAACCAGUCUAACAGUAACAGUGCCCCCUUGUUUUAAAGAGUUAUUAAUUGCACUGCUUCUGUUGAGUUUAAAAAAUCUAAAGAUGCUUCAAGAUAAGAUGAUUAUUAUAAGUCGUAUUUAAGAUCAUGUCUUUGGGCUGCAGUGAAGCAUAUACAGAUUACUUGAAUAGCAUUUACACUUACUUUGUAUGUACAUUUGGUUGCCUUGGUUAUAUUAGUUUUGAUGAGCUGGCUCUUCUACACUUCAGGAUCAGCAGGUCCAGCCAGUGGGUGGGUGGAAAUGUCCUUUUCUUGAGGAAUAUUCGCACAUAUAAGUUUUCAUCAAAGUCUCACUCUGGAGUCAGUAAGAAGUUUCCUAUGCAGAGUCUCAUUAAGUCAGCCUCCAUUACCACAGUAUAAGAUUUGGCUUUAAAAGCCCCUCCAUCUGCAUGCCAUUUUCUCUUAAGCAUGACCCGAGGCGUGGAGACGUAAUCAUGGAGCAGUUGACGAGGAGGGCUGUAAACAGUUUUAUUAGCUCUGUGUCACACCACACAGUGCUUUACAUAUAGUCAUUGUGGAGCUCAGGACAAAUUUAAAGACUGUGCUGGUUUACAGAUUGUCUCAAUUAUGUAUGCGUGUAGGGAGCGUGUGCUGUCUGAAUGUUUAGAUGCAGAGGGAUCUGUCCUCAUUUGCAUUCCCAUACGCAUUGAAAGAUGUUCAGUGGACCAAAGGAGAAAACUGGAGCGAUGUGAACUUGGCUUUUUUGUGCAGGAAAGUUCCCGGUCUAAUAGAACACACAAAGGUGAAAUUGGCAGGUUGUGAACAGAGUCUGUCUCACAUAGGGUGCCCUGGAAAAAAAUGCCAGAAUCAAAGGGGAAGAGCAGAUUUAUGGAGAAAUAAGAGAGGAGUAAUAAUGUAUUCCAUCCAGGUGAAAGUUAGGGUUGAGGGGGGACAAAUGGAGCUCUGUAAAACAAGAACAAAGACAGAGAGAGAAAGAGAGAGAGAGAGGGAGACAGUGUUUUCAUUACUUAUGACAACAACCAAGUGUUCAUUGUUGCACUGGCCCCAAACCAAGCAAACACAGAGAUUUCUGCCUGUCAGCAGAAACCAUUUUUUAUUGUAAUUCUGUUUCAUCUGGGAGUACAACACCACAGUUUCCCUUUUCUCCCACAUACAAACCCACAGAGGAAACACCAUGAAUGUGAGUAGUGUGGGAGACUGUGGGAAGCUGCCAACAGGUGAUGCCUUUUAGACCGGAAGCCUCAGCUAACACUCACUGAGGUUGACCGCACGCUCUUACCACUUGUUCCAAUGCAUGACCAUGACACCACAUUGCUAACACAUCACAGACACACACACACAGACACACUGAUAUGCUGCCUUUUUGAGCUUUAACUCAAGAGCUCCAACAUAUCAGAGCAAGUCAGGGCACGUGAGUGAAACAGUGCAGACUGUGCCCUCAGGAGAGGCAGUUCUCUCUUUCCACUUUCUGAACCAGCAGCAGCGGCCAAUGUGUUACAAUGUGAUUGACAUAAGCUUCACUGGAAAACAGUGAGCUCAUCUUCACUUUUACCUUCAGUAGCAGUAAAUUAACGACAACUGUGAUCUAUUUUUUGGACAAAUGUUUUCUAGAUUUUCAGAUUUGACUUCACAUGCAAUCCAGUUUUAAAAUCUUGGCUGUAUAAAAAGCUCAGCAAUAACACCAAGAAGAGAUCUCUGUGUUAAAGGAACCUGCAUGUGUGUGGAUCAAUGAGAAAGAAAUGUACCUGAAACUACGAAACAUUGUUGAUUGUUUUGUUUGGUCAGGAUGCAGCAUGCUGGGUUUACUGGUGGUUUGUUGGCUAGAGAAAUAAGGCUGCCGGAAUAUCAAUAUCAUUAUAGACACAAAUGUCAUGCAAUUGGCACGUUUGUUUUCCGGUACCCAACAUGUUUUUUCCGACAUGAUAUAAAAGUCCAAUGUUUUAGUUGGUCUUCAAAUAUUGGCAUCUUAAAGUUUGUUGUGCAUAGUGCACACUAACAUUGCAGUUUUCAUACAGUGGGUAAAGUUUGAAUAUUCAGAAUUAAGAUGCUGGAUUGAAAUGCUGUUUUUAUAGGCCUGUGAAACAAUUUUAAAAUUGCAUAUAAUUUUAGACAUUUAAUAGUUGAUUGUGGUGGAUUGCAUUUUUGAUUCCAUGUUUGGAAUCAAAAAUGUUUAGAUUCCAUUAUUUUUCCAUUCAGAACUGGUUUUAGGUCCAUACAGACCCUGUAAAGCUUUUUGUGACAGUGUCUUGGAUUAGGAAUUAAUGUAUGCAAUUAAAUGAGCUCUAUGAUUUUGACUUUUAGAUUUAUUAUUCAAACAAAUGCUGCAGUGCUAUGCCAGUGUGGUUCAAAAUCAUGACUUAGAGGUAGGAGACAGCUUCAUAGUGCUCUUUCUGUUGAAUACAGAUUUUAAAGGCUGGAGUGGACGUACGAAGCGUGCACCAUGCUUCAUGAACAGGUCCAUGUUCAUUCACCCUCAAAAGACCUGCUCUGUCUGCAUUUUUGAUUUUUGUAACAUUUUAUAGUAUUUAAUUGUUUACAAAACAGCCUUUUGUUUGCCACAGACACUCUCAGUCAUAUCACUGAUCAAAAAAAAAAAUUGAUCAAAAACUCAGCGUGGGUGUUCAUCUAAAAAAUGGCUAAUUAUGAGGACUCUGGAGUAUGGUUCUGAACACAGGGUCUGAGGAAGGGACUGGAGGUCACAGGGUUUUUGAAGGGUUUAUAACUUACUUAACCUUUUGAUUUCUGUUUUUUCCCUUUAGCAUUUCGCUACAAUGACCUGGUGUCCCCCCGCUUUCUGGAAAUGAUCGCUAACUUGUCCGGCUGCACGGCCCAUCGCCGUUUCAACAACUGCUCUGACAUCUGCUUCCACCAGAAGUACCGGAGUCACGAUGGGACCUGUAACAACCUGCAACACCCCAUGUGGGGUGCUUCACUUACCGCCUUCGAACGACUCCUGAAGUCUGUUUAUGAUAACGGCUUCAACCUGCCAAGAGGAGCUACUGACCGGCUGCACAAUGGAUACAGGCUUCCUCUGCCCCGGCUGGUGUCCACCACCAUGAUCGGCACAGAGACCAUCACUCCUGAUGACCGCUACACUCACAUGCUGAUGCAGUGGGGUCAGUUUUUAGACCAUGACUUGGACUCCACAGUGGCAGCCCUUAGCCAGUCACGUUUCUCUGACGGUCAGCUGUGUACCCAGGUCUGCACCAAUGACCCUCCAUGUUUCCCCAUCCAGUUCCCACCCAAUGACCCCCGGCAGCUGCGAAGUGGUGCGCGCUGCAUGUUCUUUGUACGAUCCAGUCCUGUGUGCGGCAGCGGGAUGACCUCUCUGCUCAUGAACAGUGUGUAUCCAAGAGAGCAGAUCAACCAGCUCACCUCUUACAUCGAUGCUUCCAAUGUUUACGGCAGCUCUCGGCAUGAGUCUGAGGAAAUCCGUGACUUAGCCAGUCAAAGAGGUCUGCUACGGCAGGGCAUCAUCCAGCGAACAGGGAAGCCUCUUCUGCCGUUUGCUACUGGGCCACCAACUGAGUGCAUGAGAGAUGAAAAUGAGAGUCCUAUCCCAUGUUUCUUAGCUGGAGAUCACCGUGCCAACGAGCAGCUCGGCUUGACCGCCAUGCACACAGUGUGGUUCAGGGAACACAACCGCAUCGCUACAGAGCUGCUGAGACUGAACCCACAUUGGGACGGAGACACCAUCUACCACGAGGCCAGGAAGAUAGUGGGCGCUCAGAUGCAGCACAUCACCUACAGUCACUGGCUGCCAAAAGUAAGAGCCUUCACUUGGAGUAAUAUUCCUGUCAAUUUAUCAAAAUUAAAAGUUAAAUGAACCGGGUUUAUAAUGGUGAUUACCAUAGUGGCUAGCAAGAUUACAACUUCUCUCAUUAAGUUUUCUUUUUUCACUUCUCCCACUAUGUCAAGAAUCAAAGAUAUCCAAACAAAAAAAGUCAAGCUUAAAAAUCCUCCUGCAUCUCCUCAGCCACAUUUUUUAAUUCAAAGUCAAACAGUAAUUUUAUAUCAACUGCACUAACAUACAUUUGGUAUUUCAGUUUUUUACCCUCAAUUUGAAAAUCAAAUCGGUGGUUCAACUUUGGUUCUGUGUGAGCAAGCUCCUCUGUAAGACUUGACAUGAUUAUAUCAUGAUUAACUUGAGCAUCAGCUGACAAAUUGACCGAACAUUAAAGGUGCAUCUCAAAUCCUGAGUAUUGUCAUAUUAACUGUAGAAACUAAUUUGAUUAGUGUGCAAAUUAAUAUAUUUGCUGGCUUAAUUGUUAUUGUAAAACCCAUUGGAUCUUUAAAAACAUCCUUUCUUUGUCCUUGAAUUUUUGACUGGCGGAUUUGUGAUGAUGACUCCUUUUUUAGGUUUAUGUCAGUUAUCUCGUAAUCUUACCCCCCUAUUGUCAUUUAUAUUAUUAAAACAAGAGUCAAUGGCAUAGUAGUUUUGCACCACUGCUAUGACACAUUUCUUGAUACUCCUUUUUCAAAACUGUAUUUUCUAAUUACAUUCACAAGACCUCUGAUUCUUUUGGCAAAACCAAUUAGUCUCAUUGAAACAGCCAUUAAGAAACAAACAGUUUUAACAUUGCAGACAAAUCAAAAACACCACUCAGCAGGCUUUAAACACUAUCACAAAACAGAAAGGAGUCUCUUCAUGACCAAUGGUAAUUAGGGAAAGUUCAUAAUAAGAAAAUACAGUCACUAAAACGCUGUUAAAUUUCCCCAAAAGACAAAAAUGUUUGCACGAGAAGUCAACAAUCAAAACUAGGAAAAACUCCUGCACACUGUUGUCUGUACUUGUUAUUUGCUGUACUGCUACACAAAACAAGUUUUGUGUCCACUUCUAGUGGCUCAGCAGUCUACUCUUUGUCUUUUGGCAUCAGAUUACAGACACAUGGUGCGCUUCAAAAGUGCAAAAGUUUCGCUCUGUUCUUGUUCUUGCUUUUCCUAGUUUUUCUCCUCCUCUUAGCAACCUGCCACCUUUCAAACUUUUUACUCUGCCUCCAAUACUUCUGUGUCCAUUUGAUAUCUACUCAUCGCUCACUGUGCACCAAUAUUUGAUGAAGUAUUUGAGACCUUGUUUUGAGUUUUGCCAAAUAAGCAAACAAAGGUCGGAGGAUGGGAUUUAGUGAUUUUGCAGUGUGAAAAACUGUAAUGGAGAACCUUUAAUAGUAGUCACAGUGACAGUAAAAAGAUGUACUCCAGUUACAUUCCUCUCUCCUCCUCCAGAUUCUGGGUGAAGCUGGCAUAAAGAUGAUGGGAACAUACACAGGUUACGACCCCAAUAUCAACAGCGGCAUCCUCAGUGCUUUUGCAACAGCUGCUUUCCGCUUUGGACACACCCUCAUCAACCCAAUUCUGUACAGGCUAGAUGAGGACUUCCAGCCUAUCCCACAGGGUCACAUCUCUCUCCAUCGAGCCUUCUUCUCCCCCUUCCGCAUUGUUAACGAGGGCGGCAUCGACCCACUGCUCCGUGGACUCUUUGGUGUCGCUGGUAAAAUGCGUGUUUCCACACAGCUGCUAAACACUGAGCUGACCGAGCGGCUGUUUUCUAUGGCCCAUGCUGUGGCUUUGGAUUUGGCUGCCAUGAAUAUCCAGAGGGGAAGGGAUCAUGGGAUACCACCAUACAAUGAUUACAGGACCUUCUGUAACCUAUCCUCAGCUCAGACGUUUGAUGACCUGAGGAAUGAAAUUAAGAAUCCAGAUGUCAGAGAGAAACUGCAGAGGUAGUUACACACAGAAGAUGAUGAUUCUUAUUUUGAUUUCCAAAACCUAGCUUUAGAAAUGUUCACAAGAAAUCGAAACUCUUUAAAGAAAGCGGGUCUUAAAUUUCAAACAAGUUAAAAAAGUUAAUCUUGCACCAUGUUUGGUAGGUGAAGAGUCCCUGACCCUUUUUCUGUGCUCUAGGCUGUAUGGAAGUCCUCUGAACGUCGACCUGUUCCCUGCACUGAUGGCUGAAGACCUGGUCCCCGGCAGCAGACUUGGGCCGACCCUCAUGUGUUUGCUGGCAGCUCAGUUUAGACGCCUAAGAGACGGAGACAGGUGCAGAAAAAUCCCAGUACACCUGAACUUACCAUUGCACAAACACAAUGACAGAGACAGAAAAUCAUCAUUUUUUUAUCACUUUAAUAAAGAAUGUCUUUUUCCAUGAAAGUGUUGUACACGCCCACAUUAUGAUGGUAGGACUGAAAUAAUGGGACAUCCCUAAAUAUAUGAACUUGAUUAAAUCUUUCUUUAACCUGGAAAGAACUUAAGAAUGAACAUCUUUAAUUUAUUAAGUUCAUUUAACUUUAUGGUAUUUGGAAAUAAGAGCAUAAGUGCUUCAUCUAGAUAUCUGAUCAUAUUAAAUCAAAUUUAAAUGUUGCACUUAAACAUUCAAGUGUCUUUUUUCAGGUUCUGGUAUGAAAACCCUGGUGUGUUCACUCCGGCCCAGUUGACCCAGUUAAAGCAGGCCUCUCUGACACGGGUUCUGUGCGACAAUGGGGACAACAUCACACGCAUCCAAGGCGACGUCUUCUCUGUGGCCGAGCUGCCUCACGGUUAUGGCAGCUGUGACGACAUCCCUCAGAUCGACCUGCGAAUGUGGCAGGACUGCUGUGAAGGUAAAGGCAGCUGCAUUGAAGGGGUUGACAGUCCAUGUGUGUCACUUUUUACCCUUUUAGACAUCAGUGCAAAAUAAUGUUUGUGUCCAAAACUAUCCCCUCUUACAGCCACAUCAUAAGACUUUUAAGAAUCAGGUCAUGCACAGGGUACUGUAGUUGAGGCAAACCUUCAGUUAUGCAAGAUUUCUUUUUGUAGCAUGCUUAGAAUUGUCUCGUCAGAUGCUUAUCCCCUUACAAACAUUGCUAAUCUUUUAAAGACACUCAUUACUAGUGAGAACUCUUAGCAGUGGCUUUUGACAGCACAGAAAGUUGUAGUAAUGUCUUCUCAGGGCUCGACAGUGCGACUGUUUCACUUGCAUUUGUGACCAAAAUUAGCUGUGUUUGAAUUGUGUGAAAAAAUCAGCCAAGGCAGCAAAUGUUUUCUCAUGUAAAUACCAUAAAGUUUUAGGUUGGAUAUUCGACGGACAUUCACUGCGAAACUACUCAUGUCUUCUCACUCUCCAUAACCGGGAAUAGCAACAGCAGCGCGGUUAGAUCUACUCGGCACCCUCGCUAUCAACGUCAGGUGUUGAAUAAAUUACCAGUUGAUGUUCUCAGAAAAGGCUGUUUUCCUUCAAUAGCUUUCAUGUCACGUGAGCAAUUGACCUAAAAUUGAUUUCAAAUAAUAGUACUUUUGUCGACCAAUAAGACACACAUUACUUGAUCAAUAUUCAUUGUGCCCCUUAAGUUCUUUGUGUGCUCCUUGUGUUUUCAACUUAGGAGCAUAUGUAACUAAAAAAAGUUAGUGUCAAGCCCUGCUUUUUCACUGGUUCAGUAUCUGGGCUGCACAGUGAAAUAAGAGCCACACACUGUCUGCAUGCUUUGUUCCCUUUGAUGACACCUCCCUCGAGGGCAGUCUGGCUUCACCUUAAUCUCCUCAAUUUGGAUCAUCCCUUCUUAGAAAAGAAUAAGGUUUUUCUGUGACUGCAGUUUACUUAACAACACUCCUGUUUGCAUGUUUCACCUCAAAUAGAUGUCACUCAGCAUUAUCUGGUUUGACCACCUGUAGAAUUUGGAGGAAGAUUUGAAGAUCAAGAUUUGUUGUAGGCUGCAGCAGUUCAUGAAAAAAUCAGGUUUAACUCUGGAAACGCAGCAAUGAGAUUCAUUGUUGAGUGGAAUGUCAGGGACAUAUGUGCACUAUAAAAUGUCUCUCUGCUGUUACUUUGCCGGAUAGAUACCCCAGUAAAACAGCGGACCUCCUCUUCCCCUCCCCUCAUAACAUCAGAGUCUGUAUUUUUGAUGGCUCGGUGUUACAGCUCCAGGUUCAGCUGACAAAGCAAAAAGUAGAUGAAUGAAGAGGCAUCCCUGACUGUACAAAUACAGUAAAACACUGGGGUGAAGGUGAUUGUUUUGUGGCAUUCCUCAUGAUAUAAUAAGCAGAUGUCUUUAAUUUUGAUAAAUAAUCAGAGAAAUCCAGUCACUGAAAGUUUAAUGAUAACUUUGAUUGAUGAAUAACUUGAUAAAGGACUCUUACAAUCAGCCGACAAUCUUUAUUUACUUCUUUAUUCACUGAGAAAAGAAAACAGGCGGUUAGAAGUGAAUAUAAAGCACUCAGAGUACAUGACUGUGUCUGCAUUAAAGUUCCUGAACUCUGAUUGGUACAUAAUCUGAGGAUCUAAUAAUAAUUACAACUUUUAUUUGUGUAGCACCUAUAAAACAGGGAUUUACAAAGACAACUCGUACCAAUAAACCAGAACAAAAGAACGGAGCAGGAAGACAAAACUCCAACAGCAAAAAAGAAAGCCAUGAAAAUGUCACUCAAGCCACACCAGAACACAGCAGACAUAUUAAGAAACUAAGAGCAAAACAAAUGAGGCUAAAAACAGAGAAUAAUCUAAAUAAACCCUUAAUGAACUCAGGUAAAUGACUGAAGGGACUAAGAGGUGGAAAAAAGUUUAAAACGAUAAUAAAUGAAAUCUGAUGGCUUUCAAACUGUCUGUUCUAUAUCCCUGAAGGGAUCAUUCCUUUAUUUUUCUCUGACACUUUAAAAACAAUUUAAGGCAUGGAAGCCUCUUUAUUUGGCAAGGAUUAAACACAUGCAUGUAAGCAUGUUAAUCUACCAACCUAUACCCUGAAAUAUUACUGCACAAUAACCUUUAAGUGAGGGACAGUUUGUAUUUUCUACUUUCUUGAUAAUAACAUCCAACAUGUUUUCAUUGCAUACCUGCAUUUGAAUUAAUAAUCUGUUGAAUUCAAAGUCCAUUAAACUGACUACAUGAUUUUGUACCAGUUCCACCAGGAACAUGUCUAAAGCUGUUCUUUUUUUUAGCUGAUUAUGAAAUUAAUACUUACAUCUCUUUUGACCACCAGCUAUAAGACAGAGUUUCACUUGGAUGAGGGCUUUAAAUCUUACUCUCAUAUUAAAUGAAGACGGGAUAAAGGGAUUUAACUGCACACAUACAAACUCCUCUGAGAAACGUUCAAUUUGUGCCAGUGUUGGCGCCCCUUUGUGGACAAAGUUGCACACUUAUCUCCUUGUUGAUCCUGGUUUGUAGAUGUUAAAGCAGUUUUUUCUGAUAAAAUCCUACCCUGGCAUACAAACAUAUUAAUCACUGUGAAUCUUUGUGGUUAAAACAAAAAAAAAAAUCAAUUAAGUCUGUUUUUGGAGUUGUAUUCAUCCACUCAGCCUGGCACCCACUUUCCCCUCUGAGGGCUCAGUAGCAGUUUAAGGCAGUAAAAAGUAAAAUAAAAAAUACAAUCUUGAUACUGAUGGUCUUUAUUUUUGAGGGUCAUGAUGAGUUAUCUUUAUCAGUUUCAAUCUGUUAUAGGACCAGCAAAGAAGUCCUCAGAGGAACUUUAACCACCGAGCAGCCUUUUUUUUUUCACUUUUUAAAUAAGUGGUGCCUGUGACUGUUAAAGAAAAACUGGUUUUUGUUUGAAACACAUCCUGUGUAUGUACAGGAUACAAUCAUCAGAGAGAUAAGACGCCCUGCUUUGUGUACAGGAGGCACCAAAAUCAACACAAACCUGAAGGUGCUCACCAGAAAGGAGCUCUGAAUAAAGAUGACAUGAAAGAAAAGUGAUGAGUGUCUGAAAGAAAUGAUGGAAGUAUUCACAGUAAACAAACAACCUUUAUGCGGAGGAAACAAUGUAGACAGUGUCACUGCAGAGUAUUAAGGUCUCUUCUUUGAUAGUUUGACAUCAUGACAUCAAAAGGAAAAUACACCCAUUCAAUAAUCUGUUUUGUGUUUGUCUCUAAAUGACCGGACACACAUUUCCACUCUUUGUUGUCAUAGUUAUUCUGUCCACUGCCUCUGUUACAGUUAUGUACGUCAGUGUUUGGAGCCUGCGCUCUAUCAGCAUGAGACAGGAAGUUGUGUUGCAUUUAGAUAGACUUCGUUUUUUACAGACUGUCUCUGAUGCUGAGCGGCUGGCUUUAAACUUUAACAAAUAACAGUGAAACUGACUGACAAGGCAACUGAUCUUGCUCAUCUGUCCUCCUUUCUCUGCUUUAUUGUGGACUGGCUUUUUACUGGCUCUCAGCAGGCCUCAGGUGUACUGUGAGCCACGAUUGGUGCUCUGUGUUUGUGUCUCUGGCUCUCUUUGAUGUGGGCACAGUGAUGGCAGGGUGAUGCAAAGGAAUAUGAGAGGCCUCACUCUUAAAUCUGCAGAAAGAAAGUGGAAUCAGCAGUCACAGUUUCCUGUUUAAAAAAAAACUGUGGUUUACAAAGUGCUUUGACAAAUAGUCAGAAAGCACAGACCAUCAGCACAUUGAAAUAAAAACAAAUGAAAACAAAAGCUAAAGUUAAAACAAGGCCUCAGAAUUGAAGGCCAUUUCAUAUGUCAUAAGGAACCCAGACAAUACAAGAACCUUACAACAUAAAAUGAGACCAUGAGGACCAAAAUAAAAAACAUAAAAUAGGUAAGAAAAAGAAAAUGUAAUAAAAAAAGGGUGUUGAAAGCAGAAAAUACGAUAGAUAAUAUAAAAAGAUGAUAUUAACAUUGAUAAUAAAAUAAUCACAAAAUAUUAAUGAUGAUAUUAAUAGUAAUGAUAAAAUAGAGCAACAGAAAUGAGCAAAAGAAAUAAAACAAUAUAAGGCCUAACUGGUUAAAUAAGAAAAAUUAUAAGUAUAACAAAGGCUAAAAAGACAGUAAAGCCGAAGUAAGAUCGAGGUAAAAGAGAUGAGAUAAAAGAGAAAAGACGGUAUCACAUAAAAGCAAGUCUGUAAAGGUGAGUUUUUUAAUUUGACUUAGAAGAAGUAACUGUCUCUGCACACCUUAUCUCCUCUGACAGGUCAUCCCAAAGUCGAGGAGUUCUGAUGGAAAAAGAUCUAUCACCUUUAGUUUUGAGUCUCGACUUUGGGAUGACCAGGAGGCUUUCGCCAGAGGAUCUGAGGCUGCGAGUUGGCUCAUAAGGUAUUAAAAGUGCUGAAAUGUACCUUGGAGCAAGUCCCUUAAGAGCUUUAAAAGUCAUCAAUAAAAUCUUAAAAUCAAUUCUAAAACUGGCAGGAAGCAAGUGAAGGGAGGCUAAAAUUGGAGUGAUGUGAUGCCGUCUACUAAAACCAGUUAAAAGCCGAGCUGCUGCAUUCUGAACUAUUUGGAGGCGGGAGAGUGAUUUCUUAUUGAAACCAGGGAGGAGAGAUUUACAGUGGUCCAGCCUUGAGAAAAUGAAAGCGUGUAUUAUUUUUUGUUUUUGUCGUUUAACUUUUGUUACUGAGCAAUAGAGUUGUGUGUUUGAAUCCAACAGACUGCAGAACGAAGGGACAAUUCAACGCCCUGUCAUACCACUUCAGAGGACGCAGAUCAGCGGAGCACUCCUACAGAGUGGACAGGCCAGGCAGCGUCCAAGGGGACAGGUACACAGAACUACACAGAAGAGUCAGAUGGUGAGAAGAUGUGGCUCCUCUGUCACUAAAAUCUUUUCUUCUCUUCUCAGUCCUGUGGAGAACGCUGCAGUGAGUCCUGCAAAUCUUACUGUGACCUCCAAAAAAACCUCUGAACCCUCAGUCAGCAACUUCCAGGACUUUGUCAUCGACAUGCAGAAGACCAUCACAAGUUUACGAAAGCAGGUGAGUGUUCAUAUCCACAGCCAAACACCAAGAGAUGUGUCAGUGAACAUCUCAGUCCUGGUCAACUACCUCUGUUUGGUUUGUCUCAGUGUCAUUAAACCAUCUUGUGUUUUUAGUGAUGUCUCAUAAUGUGUAGAGAUGUCCACUCAUGGUCAUUGACUCUCAGUUACACUCAACAGAGAAUAAUAUGGAGUAAGAUACUAAAAACUGAACAUAGAGGGACGGUGAGAACAUUCAGUGUGAUUUUGCAAACAUGUUUUAGAUGUAGCGUCUUAAAAAACCUUAUUUUGAUCUUUUCACUACACUACAAUAACCCAAAUCUCAACAAGUCUUCUUGUCUUAUUUUUAGUAAAAUAGUCCAAUUUUGGGUCAUUUCAAUCAAAGUCAUCCAACAAGUACGGAAAAAUGUCUCAUUUCAGGAUUUUACUCAAAAAAGAGGGCCUAGUUGAUAGUAAUAAGUUCAAAGAUCCUCUGAUAAAAAAAAACAAUCUUAUUAGGUUAUGAAAUCAGACUUUUUCUUUGCUUCAAAAGUGAUUCUUUUUCUCCCUCUUUUGAUUUUGACUUUCUGCAAGGAAUUCAGGUCUUACUGUAGGGGCUCUAUUUUCGUGUCCGCAGGCGACACGGCGGAGGGUGGCGGACCCUGAGCAGUGGUAUUUUCGUCUGGCGGAGCCCGGCGUACAGCUGGUCCAGUAGUAUUUUGGUAGACUGGCGGCGUAUCGGCAUACGUCACAGAUGCCUCACUGGCAUCUUUCCACAGUGUCAGGCACAAUUCAGUGCAAUAAAUAAUCAACAACAACUAAUCAUUUGAGUCAGCAUAUACAUUUAGAUCUAUAUAGAUAUAUUCUGAUCUAUAUCUGAUCUGAUGAGUGCAUUUAGCAGGCAUUUGGACACUCAACCUGACCAAAUCAACACAGCUGAAACCACAUUAAAUUAAAUUAAAUAUCUAGUAAAUAAACACACAUGAUGAAGUGAACAAGAUAUGUAAUUCGUCUCCCUCCUUUUCUUUCUUCCUCUUCCUCUUAUUUCUUGCGCAGCUCGACCUGGACAUGUCUCCGUGUCCUCUCCCUGUCCUGCUGCAGCUUCUGCUGCGGCGGCUGAACAGAUGAUUUGUUUUAGUGAUCAGAUGAGUUAUUUUAUAGCCGACAUACGGAUAUUAUAAUAUUCAGUUUUGUGAGCCAAAUUUAUUUUAUAUGCCAACAUCAAUGAAAGAAAGAGCCAGGCCACGGAGCGUGAUGCAUCAUUUACGCACAGAUGGUUCCGAUUUUAAUGCCAUUAUUUGAAUUUAUGAUGUGAUCUGUGCACACAACCCACCUUUGUCACGUGAGGUUUGAAUAUAUGCAACUUUAUGUGAGUGUCUUUAUUUGUGGAAAAGGGUGUUUGUCUUACCAGUGAGUCCAACCUUACACACACCAAAUCCAUCUGUGCUCAUAUGAGAGAGUGUGAAGGACGCCCUCUGCAGCGUUUACAGUGACACUUGUUGAGGAGCUGCCUUCUGUCGCCACCGUGUGGCAUUGCUGUCUUCAGACAUUUCUUUUCUCUCUUUGACUACUUAAUGAAAAUUGUAAUAUGCCUCGCUGGUGGCAGAUUUAAAGGUGAGGAGAGGAGCUUAUGUUAUUGGUCAAUACAGGUCUCGGCUGUGUUAAACCCACUCCACGCCCUCUCUCCUCCUUCCCUACGACUUACGCCACUGGGAGGAGCUGAGUUAGGGAGGGGGGAUACUUACGCCGGGCUGUGCCGCACACCAAAAUACCAAGUUGUGCUUGGGAACGCCUUGUUGGCACGGCGGACCUGACUUGCGCCACGCCUGCGCCACAUCUCCAUUGAGGCACGAAAAUAGAGCCCUUGGUGUCUAAAAUCUUUAAAUAAGACAUUUUUCUGAAAUUGGUGGGCGAGUUUACAUUCACAUGAAUAGAAUAUUUUUAUCUUUAUGCAGCGUUAAAAUAUUAAAAGACACAAACAAUACUCUGAUGUGUUGGACCCUCACUUUUUGGCUUUGCUGCUUUCAAUCGAUCAAUUCAUUUUUAUUUAUGUAGCACCAAAUUACAACAAUGGUUAUCCCAAGAGCAGGUCUAGACAACACUCAUUGUUUGAUGGAAAAUAAAGACCCAAACUUAAGAUAAGACUGAUAUAAUCCAUCUCCAACAAACAUGAGUGAAGCACUUUGCAGUAUUUAACAAGUCAUGGUGGAGAGGAAAAACUUCUCUUUACAGGUCUGCUGCGAUUGUUUUUUGUUACUACUUGAAAUGUUCUCAGUGGUCUUCAAAUUGUGAUUAUGAAGUUUUUUGCUAAAAUCAUGUUACGUGUCAUUUUCAAGGGCUUUUCUUCUUCAGAGCUCCAGUAGCUCAUUAGCAAUUUGCCUCUGAGUUGUGGGCUGAGACGGCGCAGCUCUGCACAUUUCUCUUCAAGCUAGCUUGCAGCCUAACAUUGCUGGUGUACUACAAGUAGCAGGUAACAAAGGAGCUAUUUAGCUAUCAGACGCUAAUGUCUUUAGGGACGUGAUGAAAGUUAAUAUCAUAAUUAGCUUUCUUAUGAGCAAUACAAUUCGCUCACACACACACUUUUUCACGCACACAGUUGUCCUCUCUAUUUCUCCAAGUGUAGCCUGCAUAGUGGAGAUCCGGAGGUGGAGCUUGGAUUUGUGACAUAGGAAAUCUCACUGUGCCUGAACCUGCCAUUUGGGUCUACCAGAGAUUCACACUUAUUUGAAUAGAGAAAUACUCAGAAAUGCAAUUUUGCUCUUAUUUUUCUCAUGAUAUGUCCUGUAGCAUCAGAAAAAUGCCAUAUGAACAUGUGGACAACAAACAAAAACAUGACGAGUCUUUAACAGGCAGAAACCUCAAGCAGGACCAGACUCAUGUUGGGCAGUUAGCUGCCGCCACUUUCAGACAUUCAACAUGCACAGUUGUGCAGAGUGCAAAGAUGUUUCUUGCUGCUCCAACUGCAAAAUGACUGUACAGAUUAUGUACACAUGUCCUGGUCAUUCAAAUAGAACUGUAAAUGUAGGGUUACUGAGCCCCUCUAAAGUAAGCAAACACUCAGGAAACAGUACACUUAGGUUUAAGUUCUUUCAGUUAAACGUGGGAUCACAGUCUGCAGGCAAAUUAUACCAAAUGGUUUAACCAAGUCUUGCUCACGCGUUCAUGAGCUAAAAGCUAGAAGAGUGGGUUUCUCCUGGCUUUGUCUGAGCAAAAAUCAAACCGUUAAAGCAGCUCUCUCUUGUGCAUCAAAUCAAAAAACAGCCUCAUAACUCUUAACAUGUUUGGACUGAGAGUUUCCUCUUUAUGCCUGCAUGCCUGAAAUGUCUUCAUAGAGAGCCCUGCUAUAGGCAAAAACUGCGACAGAGUCCCAGACAUGUUUUACAUCAACAUGUGGGUAGUACACAGCUGAAGGAGUUAGUCUUUAGGAGUCUGAACAGGUUAAUGUCGAUAGAUGUGAGUAGUGUGUGCGUACCUCAUGACCGUAAUGACAAAUUAGCUAAUAAAGGACAAUGAUGUUAUUUUUCUGCAGAUAAAAAGACUGGAGGCCCGUCUGAGUAAGACCGACUGCACUGACAGUGAUGGACACGAGCGAACAGAUGGGGAUCGAUGGAAAAAGGACUCCUGCACCUCGUGUGAAUGCAAAGUAGGUUCAAAAUUUAGAUCAGUCUGCUCUGCAGAUAGUUCACACACAGCAGCAGCAGAAGUAUAUGCACACAUGCAACUUGUUCCAGUUCUUUUAACUGAUCAUAUCAUGGUGCUUGGAUGUGUGUCAUUGAGCACAGGCUGCCCAUCAGAGCAGUUAAUACACCAGCAGUCUCCCCCCUUUAAAUGCCCCAGUUUCUCUCUGUCUGACUCUCCUGUCAGAGCUUCACCUCCUGGCAUCUCUCUCCUCUUGGCACUGCUGUCUCCUCUCUCUCUGUGUCCAUGUGCCAGCAGCUUCUCCUUUCAGUCUUUAUCUCUCACUCUGUCAGUGCCGGCUCCUGGCAGAGGAAAUCACAGCUCUCUGCCAAACCUCCUGUGCUCAUCUUCAUCCUCUCUUUCCUCAUACUUUUUGUCACCAGUCAUUACACCUGAAAACACACCUGCCUGUUCCUCUUUUCAUUCUUCCUUUCCUCCAAACUCUCCAUCCACUUUCCACCCCUCCAUGUGAGAAGAAUCAUCUGUAGUGAUCGCUAAAUUAAAGCAGGCAGACGCACAGACAGCAGGAUGGUGCGUUUCCCUAAAACAAAGCACUUGAUUGUUCACUUCAGCCUCCUCAUUAAGUAUCUUCGUGGAGUUUAUUCGGGGCCAAACUUCUCUGUCUCAGUGCAGACAGUGGCUGGAAAACAACUGAGGAGCUCCUGACCUCACACGCUCAAACAGCUCAUUCAUGAAUUCUCCUUUCUGCUCAUGAGGAGAUUGAAUAACUCUUUUAAACUCCUAUGUAGAGAUUUAAGCUGACCAUCAAACACAACAGACUCAUAUUGAAACUAAGGCUGUCACAGUGUCUGUAUAAUGACAAUAACUGUCAUUUUAGCCAAAUAAAAGACUGAUUUAACAGCCUGUACUGAGGCUGUUGUCCCCAAGUGGGUGGCACAGGUUCGAUUCGUUCCUGCGUGUCUCUCUCCCCUAGUUUCUGCUCUGUCCACUUUCCUGUCCCCUCCAAAAAUAAAGAUAUAAUCCCCUAAAAGAAACCUAAAAACUACAAAUAUCUUCUGAAUAUUCCAGAUUCUGAAUCCAGAAUCACUUGACCUCCAGUGUUGAUGAUGCUGAUCUGUUCCCCUCUUUUCUCCCCUGCAGGACGCUCAGGUGACGUGCUUUGUGGAGUCCUGUCCACCAGUGGAUUGUAAAAGGCCUGUCAAGCUAAAAGGUUCCUGCUGCCCGGUGUGCCUCCCAGACUCUAAUGUUAAGCGACAAAAAACAGAAUAAUAUCCCUCAGGAACCCCCGACAAACACACUCUAGUGGCUGAUGGUCAAACACCCGCAGACAUCAGGAGAGAGAGGAUGAGACUCAUGAAGGUGUGCUCAUCCACAGCCACCAGCAGCCUCCACAGACAGACCGUACAGCCUCAGAUUUUCUUUGGUUUAUCUUGUAUUUUCGAUCAGGGGAGGGUGGGGGAUUUUAAUUUCUGUUUGGAUGUUGGCCCCUCCAGGGCCCGCAGUCUGAGGCUCGGUUUAAAGCCGUUUCAGUCACUAAAUGGAUUUAUAUCUGAACCAACGGGUCAGACUGACGGGUGAGCGGGCGGACUUUAAACUGGAGGAACAAACCAGUCCCUGCUGGGAGUCUUCUGAGGCUCCUCAAGUCUAACAGCCACCGUGUUUGCUCUCCUGCAACUAACUCUUGGUGACAAAAGGCAGGGCCACACGCCGUCAACAAGCAGGGAAGGGAAGUGUAUGGAAAGGCAGCAGCCAUCAUGUUGUCUCACAAAUUUUUCUCAGGUUAGAAAUGCCGAAAACUGGUGCUAUUUUCCCCUUUUUAUUAAUGAAUAUUCACUAAAUACAAACCUUCAAAGUAUUGUCUUUUUGUAUGCAAAGCAACCUAUUUACACUCAGUAUAUGCCUUUUUAUUAUAAAUCACAACUGAGAGGAUGUUUCCUUCAAAAAUGAAAGACUUUAGGAGUAGAACUACUUCAUCUUUUUAUCCAAGGUGCUUGAUAUCUUGUUAUGAAUAUGUAUUUUAUUUUCCUCCCUUUUUGUAUAGAUAAAUCUUUGGUAUGAAGAUAAUGUGAAGCCCUACAAAAACAUUUGUAAUGCAAAAGAGAUGUCUACUGAUUCCCGCUCCUCUCUCCAUGGUCUCCUCGUUAGUUUCCUCGUGUUUGUCUCUGCUGGCCUGUCCUGAACUUGAGUGAGGUGGAGCCGUGCAGCAGCGCUCCCCUGUGCAGGACACUCAAACCAGCUCUUGCACUGUUUGUGCUCCUUUCCAAGUUUCAUUUUGCUUUCAGAAAGCAGUGAAAGAUGAACCUUUUUUUUUUACUACCACUGUAAUGUUGUGAACUUUGUCCCAGUAUUUUUCUCAGUCUUGUAAAGCCAAAUGUAUGAUUCAGUUACUUCUAAAAUGACGUAAUAACACGUAACUAUCUAUGAAACUAUGUGUGAAUGUUGAAAUGAGGUCAGGAUUCAGCCUUUGGUACUGCGAUCUCUACCACAGCAGUAUUCUUCAUCUGGCCUGCUCACAGAUUUAAGUUUUUAUUCAUGUUUAGCCUUUAUUUGAGAGGAUUCACACAUCUGAAGGACUGUUACCCUGACUCUUCUUCCUUUUUUUUAGUGUAGAAAGGCUUGCAUGCAUUCCUUUGUGGAGGAUCCACGUUGAGCUCAGUUCCCUCUAGAGGAGUUUGCUCAUGUGUGUACAGAGUUUGGAUAUUUCCAAACAGUUUAGGAACGCUCUCCCUGCUCACGGUAAAGAUUUCAGAGCGGCAUGACGUCUUUCAGUAGAGCAUGUGUGCACAUCUCUGACCCUCAUUCCCCUGUAAUGGAAGCCAUAUGAGAGGGGAAGCGAGGGUAAUGCAGGGGGAGGGGCCGCAGAUGAGCGGGACACGAUGUCAAUCAAAGCCAGGCUCCGCCACCACAGCGCUGUUGUGAGGCAGAUUUACUCUGCUGCCUCGUGUGUUACUGUUCAUAGACUAAUGGCACUCAUUAGGCCCCACUGUCUGGCUUUAGUGCAACAUGAGUCACAUUUAUGUUUCCUGUUUUGCUUAGCUCCUAAUCACAGCACGGCGUCUGCAGCUGCAGAGCUCCUCUCUAUUGUUUUCUUUAUGUGGUAACGUCCUGAGUGAGCAUCUGUGGCUGCACAAACAUCAUCAGACUCACCGGAAAGUUCUGUCCAGGUUCCAGAUGGAUUACAGAGCUGGCAGUCACACUGGUAAACUGGUGUCAUAUCGCAUGUUUCAGUUUGACAGGUCAAAAGUGAUUGUGCAUCCUACAACACCUGUGUGUACACUUGGUGUUCACGUGCUACAGUGUGUGUGUUUGUGUUGCUGAAUUCAGUAUUUUGAUAUAUUUUCAUAAACUCUUGUGUAUGAAAGUGUGUGUGUAAAGGCUUGAGUGUUCUUUGGCAAACAUUGUUUGGCCGUCAAAGCACUGUGAGCUCUCUUUGUUAGCAGUCUUCAUAUCCAUAUAACGUAGUAUUCCUUCAUUGUAUCUCGUAUUCUCUUCUCGUUUGAUCCCCACUAAGAGUGUCAAUGGAAUGCACUGCUCUGCAAGACUGAACAUGCUUUACCUACACUGUUCCCUCACCAGUGGUCAAUGUGGAUAUUCAAGUACCUAUCAUGACAUUUGUAUUGUACGUUUGCCAAAGAAUGGUUUGCACUGUAUUGUAUGCAUCUCGACAGUCAUAAUAAAUAAAUAAAUCAAUAAGCCACAUUUGAAAUACAGGCUUACAGCAGGUUGGUUUAUUCCUCUGCACACACAAGAGAGUAUCUGCAAGAUAAACAUAAGAGAAGGAAAAGUUACAGUUCACAAAGGAAAUAUGAGUACGAGGUCAUUAUGUUACAAUAAAACAAGUUAUUUAAGACUAACAGUUAGGAAAAUCAUGACUCAAGGUUUUUCUUUAACAAAACGUGACAUGGUGAAAGCAGCUUUUUAAAGUCAUUCAAAACCCAAACUGCAACUUCAGCACAACCUUA